ACUGAGCAAAGGUAUGCUAAGUUUGACUUGGGGUCUAAAAAUCAGUAACGACACGGCCACCAGCCGCAACGGAUUGGAAAUUUAAAAAUUGAAACGUAAAAAAGAAAUUAAUAGUUGAGAAGAAACUUAAUAAUGCGGUAGAACGUUUUUUUUGUAUAUGUCAGUGUGUGCGGAGAUAAAAGAAGAAAUUCCAUCAACCUAAAGGUGGUGCAAAGAUUUACUCCUCAAUGGGAGAAGCACAAAGAAUUUAAACACGAAAUAGAAGUGUAAUAAAUCUAUCGUGAAAAAGAAAAACAAAAGUAGUACAUGAAAGCGUAACGCCCUUGUAAGGCGUCGAGAAAAAAAUCAUUGGCAAAAAAAAGAAACGACCAACCAUUCCAAGUGAUUUGGUUAAGUAAGAAGUGAAGUGGAGUGAAAAAAAUCCCAACCAACAGACGGCAAGCAGCCAAAGCAGCAACGGCACUUGCACGACUUUGGAAAAACGUGAAUGAAAUACACACUGCCAAUGCUCCUCCACUGUAAAGAAAAUAACAGAAAAAAAGUCCUCCUACCGUUCUCCGCAUUUGAAUGAAAAUACGACGAAAAUACGAUUUGUGUGAAAAAAUUGUUAUUUGUAAUUUUUGCUAGUGUGUGUGUAUGUGUUGUCAUCAGUUGUCUAAGUUUGUGUGUUUCAAAUCGAAAAAAUAGAAGGAUUUAAUUCAAAUUCAACUAUAAUUAAUCAUCGAAUCCGAAGUGAAGUUGAAAAAGGCUUGUGAGAUAAUUUGUAACCCAUUUACCGGCGUUUACUGCUGCAUCCAUUCAACCAACACCUUUUGUUGGUGUGUGUGUGUGUGUGUGUAGUUGGUUUUCGGCGUGGCCAUCUGAGAAAAAUCAAUUCGAGUUCUUGUUCGUUUUUUUCUUCUUCUUCUGUUUGUAACGUAAUGCCAGUGUUUACCGUUAAAACGAAGUUGUAAACGUUUUGUCUUUUUCUGAAGAGAGUAGUAUCCCCCCCAAUAAGAAGCAGGAGAGCAGCAGCAGCAAGAAGAAAGGGAGUCUGAGAGCCGUUUAAAUGCUCACCCUCGACUAUGGAUAGUAGCACAGAUAAGAAACACGAGCAAGACCCUCCAUUUGAGGCAGGGGCGGCAGACAAUGGUGGCAACCCCCCAUUGCCGACCUCACCACAACCUGGACCUGUGCCGGCAGUGCGCAAACGCCGUAUAGUACGAACAGCUGUUGAGUCAUCAACGACGAGUGGUGAGCCCGGUGGAGAUGGUGGUGUUACAUUCACCUCUCAGCCACAUGUUGGCCAAGGACGUAGGCACAGCGGUGUUAGGUCACAGGGUGAUGCUGAAGAUGUGCCCAUGGGCUCAACUCUGGCCGGCGAUGCGACAUAUUUUGAACCAGUGUUCGAUGAGGAAUUGCAUGAGUCUUCGACCAUUACCAGGACUUUUACCAAAACCAUUACCAAGUCCACUGAGUUUGUACACUCGUCUUCUAGUUCCCGUGAGUUUUUGGUGGAGGAGGCCUUAGAAAGUCCUUACACUCCUCCUCAAACACCUCAACGCUUAAAGCAUAAGGUAGCUCUCUACGAAAAGGUAUGGUCCUCUGGAAGCAGUGCAAGCGGUGUUAAGCGUUCAGCGGAGCAGAUGGGUAGUACACCAACAUCUGGCCAUACCUCCAUGGAGACUUCUGGUUCUGGCGCUGACUUUGCUAUGACCGAUGACAAUCCCUUUGAAAUUGACGUUUAUGAAAUUGAGAAGCGUUUGCGUGAGGAGCGCAAACGAGGUUUAGCUGAGGCCGAAGCGGCCAAGCUGGCCUUUCAGCAAAUCCAAUUGCGUUCGACUCCGCAAUCAAAGCCGCGCAAAGUCGAAGUGCAAGAAGAACAACUGGCCAGCCCUUUUAAUGUUACGCUCAAGACCACUAGUAAGAUAUCGCCUGGCGCUGUUACCGGACGCAUAGAAUUGGAGGAGCACUCCAGUUCUUCGAGUCCCUUCAAUGUCACCUUACGCACAACUCAACGUUAUCGCAGAAAUCCACCGCCUUUGGCUGAAUCCUUUGAAAGUCCUUUUAAUGUUACUCUACGUACUACGACCAGAAGAUCCUCCUCCUCGUCCAGCCCCCUUAGCCCUGAUGCAAAAGUGGCUUCGGCCAGAUUCGUGGAGGGCGAGAAAACUGUGCGCGAAGUUGUGUCCGCCGAUGGUGUGACCACCAUUGUUACCUCGUCCAUGACUUCCGAUGGUCGCAAGCAUGAGGAGAAAAUCUUUCGCCAUGGCGAAGGCUAUCUGUCGCCACGCAGUUCACCGCAACGUGAGGUGAGGGCUUCAACACCUUCCAGGUCUGUGGAUAUGAUGGCUGGAGGUCGUCGUAUCUGCAUCAAACUGGAACAAGAGCAGGAGCAGCAAAUGGAAACAAGCAGCCUAGAGGAAUCCUUCGAUCAAACUGAUUACCAUCAAACUCAACGGCAGCUUUUUAAGCCUUCCGAAACGGUUUCUGUGGAAACACCUGCUAACAUUGACAUUAUUGUGGGUAAAGGUAGCAUAAGCGCUAGUAACUACCCCCAACAACAUUACGACGACCGGCAGCAGGCUACCAACGUGGAAACCAACAAAACAGAACAAAUGCCAUGGCAAACGCAACAACAGCUACCCCAUCCUGGCCACCAACAGCACCACCACCAGCAAUACCAACAACAACAACAGCACUACGCUCAGCCCACGAUGACGACCAGCCCCUCGACCAUCACUACCAAGACUACCACAAAGAAAAUAACAACUAGUAGUUGUAGUGAAUCAUUUGAGUCCUUUGAAACUCCUUUGAGAAACGCGACUAGUCUUUCGAAAACGAUACAAUCGCAAGGUUCUUCGCCCUCUGAAGAAUCUCCACGAGGAUUUGUACAAAAGGAAUUCGCAACAACUCCAGCUGCCGCAAAAACUGCAUCAUCCGACCCUUCAAGGAUUGGACAUUCUACACAACCGCACAAAUAUCUCUACGGCGAAACGUCGGUGAACGUCGAACGUCACCACGCUACCGGUGGCGGUGAUUUAGUGAAAAAACGUUUAGAACUCCUCAAUUACGGUCGCGACGGUCUCGGUCACGGUAGCGGUGAUCUCGGUCAUAAAACGCCCCAACAACAACAACUGGAACCACAACAAGCCGAAAUAUCGGACGACUCAGAUACCGAAGGGGCUGCUGCCAGCAGCAUUGUAAUUGUGCCAGCACGUUCUAACGUCGAACUACAGUCAGCCGCCGGUGCAAGUGCCAUACACACAAGCCAACAUCAUCAUCAACAACAACAACAACAACAACAUCAACAAUAUCAACAACAACAUUCCCCAGUGGCUAGUGUUGCGGCUAGUCCAGGUACUUUGAACAAGAGUCUGCCUUCGCAUCAGACCCAACAUCAUCAAAGUUCCUCAACAACAACUACAACAACAGCACAUACCACCAACGAAUACCAAGAAUUCCAAUCCACUAUGGCAGCAAUAAAUUUUGCCCGUAGUAAUUCUCAAUACGAUUCACACAUCAAAGAGAAAAGAGAGGAACAAGAACGUGUUCAAAAGAAGACAUUCACUAAUUGGAUUAAUUCAUACCUCUUGAAGCGUGUUCCACCGCUUCGUGUCGAUGAUUUAAUCAAUGAUUUGCGAGAUGGUACCAAACUGAUAGCACUACUCGAAGUGUUAUCUGGCGAAAAGUUGCCCGUUGAGAAGGGUCGUGUACUGAGACGUCCACAUUUCCUCAGUAAUGCCAAUACCGCCCUGCAGUUCUUGGCCAGCAAACGUAUCAAAUUGGUUAAUAUUAACCCAGCCGAUCUGGUGGAUGGGAGACCACCAGUUGUCUUGGGUCUAAUAUGGACAAUCAUUUUGUACUUCCAGAUUGAAGAGAACAGCCGCAACCUUGAAUACUUGGGUCAUGGUAUCAGUGGUUCGGUGAGUUCUCUGGACAGCGUUGGCAAACAUGCCAGCGAUGUUAAGGCCGAAAAAUGGAAACAGGGAGCCCGCAAGACGUUACUUAACUGGGUGACAAAUGCUUUGCCAAAAGAAAGCGGUGUAGAGGUUAAGGAUUUCGGCGCCAGCUGGAGAGAUGGUGUCGCUUUCCUGGCUCUCAUUGAUGCCAUUAAGGCCAAUCUGGUAAAUUUGGCUGAACUGAAGAAGACAAGCAAUCGUCAACGCCUUGAGACAGCUUUCGAUGUGGCCGAAAGCAAAUUAGGCAUUGCCAAGUUGCUUGAUGCUGAAGAUGUGGAUGUGCCCAAACCCGAUGAGAAGAGUAUAAUGACUUAUGUGGCUCAAUUCUUGCACAAGUAUCCCGAACCCAAGGGUGCUAGCAAAGAUCUUUCACACAUCCAUCAGGAAUUGGAUGAGCUGAGACGUUUCUUAUUGGAGAAAUCCACCGAAUAUGAGCCCAUGGUUGUUGCCAACUCUUUCCCCCGUGAUUUUGCCGAGUACCUUAUAGCUCGCUCCGAGGUCGAUGCCCACAUUCCGACCUACAAUCGUUUGAAACAAUUGGUGGAAUCCCAGAGUGGUUUCCUCCAAGUUCCCAAACACACCUGGGAAGACAUUAAUACGCUGUGGCAACGUGUGCAAUACCAAAUGAUGUACUGGCUGUGGCUGCUGGACUCUGAGCUGCCCGGCGACUUUGGCGAGGUUGGCAAAUGGCUGGCCAAAGCCGAAAAGAUCCUAAUGGACAACGACAUACCCACCAACAUGAAUGAGGAGACAGCGGCAAUUAUUUCGCGCAAAUUGGAGGAGCACAAAUUGUUCUUUGCCGAUUUGCCACGCAUCAUUGCCAUGUUCGACAAUGCCAAACGCUCGCCUUUGGCGCAGCAAGUGCCGCUGGAGCAAUUGCGCAACAUGGAGAAGCGUUUGCAAGACGUGGGUCCCAAGGCUAGUGAACGUAGAAUCAGAUUGAAGUUCCUGGAGCACAAGUGCUGCCUGGUGGCUUUCCUCAAUCUGGUGGAGAACAAGAUGAAAGGCUGGACCGGUAAAUAUGGCACCGAAGAGAGGGUGGCCCAACAACUGGAGCAAUACAAGAAUUUCGUAUCGCGCAACAAGAUAUUCCAAGAAUUCGAAAAGGCCUUUGUGGACAUGCAACAGGUGGUGGAUGAGUACAAGCGCGAUGGCAAUGUGUCGCGCAAAGAAACCAUCGAAAUCGAUCGCUUCAUGUACGAGACGGAGGAGCGGUGGAAGAGAGUGUCCAUGGAAUUGAAAUGCUGCCAAAACUCCUUGGAAGAGGUGGUCAACUGUUGGAAGAGCUGGCACCAAUUGGCUCCCAGCUGCGAAGAAUGGCUGCGCGUCGCCGAGCAGAAGGCCAUGCAGUCGGAAGAUGAGAAGCUGGAGUUCUUCCAAGACAUCUCGGUGUGGAAGGACAAAUUCGAUGCCCUGGCCAAUUCAGCUAAUUAUCUCAUAGCCUCCUGUGAGGAGCCCAUUGCCCAGAACUUGAGGCACCAGCAUGGCUUGCUGUCGGAUCGUUUUGAACGCUUGUUUGCCAACACCAAGAAAUACAUGCAUGCCGGUGACAUCAUACGCUCGCGCCAAGAGUACAAGUCUGGCAUUGAGAAGCUAUCGCAGUGGCUGCGUUACGCUGAAAGUGUACUCACCCAAAAACAACAGUUGGGAGACAGUGCUGCCAUACGUAAAUAUGGCGAGGAGUUGCAAAAACUCGCCUCAGAGAUCGAUGACAAUGAGGAGCUCUUCAAGACUAUAAGCCGCAACAUUCAGGGCAUGAUCCAAGAUCUGUCCCGCGAGGAGGUUGACAAUAUGAUGAAAACCCUGAAACAGGAGAAAGAAGCUCUGGUGCGCAUCAGAGCUCAAAUACCCACCAAACUGCAUUUGAUACAUCAGCUGUUGAUACAGCAAGAGUCCCUGGAGGCUGGUCAGAAGGAGAUUCAUCAGUGGCUCAAUGAGGCUGAGUCCUUGCUGGGCACUCACACCUUGGCCGGUGGACGCGAUAAGGUCAAUGAGGAACUCACCAAACACAAGACUUUCUUCUCGCGCACCGUCUACUAUCGCUCUAUGCUGGAGAGCAAGAACAAAGUGUUCCAAAAUCUUUUGAGAAAUGUGGUGCAGGAUGAGAAUAUCGAUACCACUCAGGCCCAACAUGACAUGCAACAGCUGAAUGAUCGCUUCAAUUAUGUCAUCAACAAUUCCCAGCAGUGGGAGCAGCGUUUAACGGAAUCCCUCAACCACUGGAACCAUUAUAAGGAUAAUGAACGUGUGGUCACCGAAUGGCUGACUCAGGCCGAAACGAUUUUGAUUGAGAAACACAUUGAGACCAGAACCACCAUUGAGACUCAGAAGUACUUCUUUGAAAGUGUCAAUCAAAGAUGGAUGCCCGAUCUGGUGGAAUCCGCCCAGAAUUUGUUGAAGACCCUACCCGCCCAAGAACAAAAACCUGUAGUGGACUCUGUGGAGCAGCUGCAAGGCAAAUGGCAGCAUGUGCUGUCGCAAGCUCCUCUGCAUCUGAUGAAACUGGAGUUCCGCUCAGAUGAACAGGCUUUCUAUCAAACCCUGCAGGAGGUCGAAAAGGAAUUGAAUCUGGAGGAACAGGCCUUGAAUCGCAACGAAGAUGUUGAUUCCAUACUCAAGCGAAACCAGCAAUACUUCCUGCAGUCUGGCUGUUUGCCACGCAUGGAGAAGUCGCUGCAGAAUAUGCAUCGUCUGGGCCAAGCCUACAAACAACAGAAACCUGGUGACAGUACCCUGGAGGAGUCUUACAAGAAUGCCCACUCCCAGUACACUCACAUCACCAAUAAGAUUUCAGCCAUGCGUGAAACGCUGCAACAAAUUCCAGCCCAAUGGGAGUCGUAUCACGACAAAUUCACCGAGAUGGUCGAAUGGAUGAACACCGUGGACAAGAGUUUGAAAAACAUUGUCAACGAGGUGAACAGCAUGGAGGAAUUCGAGAAGGAGAAGGUGGUUUUCCAGAAAAUCUGUCAAGAAGCCGAUAAUAAACGCGAAGACAUGAAGUGGCUGGUCAAAACCUUGGACCACCUGCUCAGCUAUGCCAGCGAAGAUGAGGCCAAUGCCGAGCAAAAGAAACUCGAGGAUUUGAUUGCUCGCUACAAGAACCUGAUUCCCACGAUCGAAAUCACCAUGGUUAAGACUGAAGUGUUCUCCAAAUGCUACACCUACCGACGCGAAGUCCAUGAGGUGGUGUGCCUCUUGACCAAGGUCAAGGAGCAGGCUGCCAGCAUUCCACCGCCCGACAGCCUGGAUCGUGUCAACAAGUUGAUUGAGGAACAGCAAUAUGCCAUCAACCAAUUGGACCACCAACGUCCUCACAUUAUGUCCAUGUUGCAGAGAGGCCGUGACUUGAGCAAGGAUGUGCAUGCUCCCACAUUUGUGCAGACGGAAGUGAAGAACUUGGAAACUGGCUGGAACCAGGCCUACACUGAAACUUCCGAUAAGCUGCAGUCCUUGAAGGGCACUCAGGCCGUUUGGAAUGACUUCUCCGAUCAAAAGGCAGAGAUUUGCCAUUUACUGCAAUUGGCCGAAACCGAAUUGCGUGCCUUGACUCCCCUGCAAACCGAUCCAAAGAAUGUUAGCCAAGAUCUGAAGGCGAAACGUGAAUUGAAUGCCCAACUGCAACAAGCUUCCCAUCAACUCUUGCCAAAAUUGCAUGCCUUAAAGGCUGAAUUGGCUCCCUUGGCGGCAGCCGAGAAGAGACCCAUUCUGGAGAAGGAGGUAACCGAAGUGGAGAAGAUGUUCUUCAACACCAUGGAACAUGUGAAGGAUCGGGUGGGCUACCUCGAAGACUACAGUGCCAAAUGGAAUAACUACAAGUCCCGCCUGGCCGCCCUUCAGGAAUGGGCCAAUAAGGUCGCCCCCAAGGCCAUUGAAGCUCUGCAUUCCGAGGAUUUGACGCCCGAAGAGAGAGUCAUGAAGGUGAACUCCUUCAAAUCCGUGCUGUCGGAACGCAUGAAGCAACUGGACAUACUGGCCGCCGACGCCUCCGAAUUGGCUCCCAAGGAAGGCAAUAUUGCCGAGGCCAAGCGCCUGAAGGGGGAAAUAACCAAACUGCAAGAAGUCCUCAGUGCUGUCAACCGCAAUGUGGAGCACCAGUCGCAGGCCGUCAAGGAGGACCUCGUCAAUUGGCAACAAUUCCAGACAGGUCUGCAAACCCUCAAGCCCAUCGUGGAGGAAUGCGAAAUCAAGGUAAAUAACAUAGUCCCUAAGCCCCUGUCCCUUGAAGAAGCUGUUGCCCUGCAACAGAAUGCCUCACAAUUUGAAAAUCAUUGCUUGGAGCAAUUAGACCGUCUCCAAGGCAUCUCAAACAUUACACACAAAAUGUUAUGCAAAACCAAUGCCCCCGAUGAAGUAGAUGCCAUGCAUUCCCGUUGGACGUCCGUGCACGAAAACGCGAAACAGGCUAGUGGUAAGCUAGAGAAACUCGUCGCCAAUUGGAAGUCUUUCGAAAACGAGGCAGCUAAGCUGGAAGAUUGGGUGGAGAAAGGUGAACAGGUGGUUUCCAAGAAACCCGCUGUCCUGAACACACCCCACAUCGAGAAGCUGGAAAACGAAUUGGUGCGCUUGAAGUCCUUCAACAACGAAAUAUCCGAGCAACAAGCAAAACUGGUAGCCCUGGGCCAAGCAGCCGAUCAAAUCAGCUUGCAUUUGGCCCCCGAAGGAGCAGUGGCGGUAAAAGACCGCAUAACCGGCCUCAAGAGCAAACUGCAGAAGUUGUCGGAGGCCACUCGCGGCAAUAUCAAUGAAAUUUCCGAUGCCAUCAUAGCCCGCCAAGAUUUCAAUGCCAAAAUGGUGAACUUCUCCAACUGGAUGGACUCCUUGCGUUCGCAAGUGGCCCAGGUGGAAGAGAUCAACCCCGAGCGCGUCGAAACAAGUCUGCAUGUCAUCCAUGCUCUCUUGCAAGAGCACAAUGACAAGAAACCUGCCUUCAAUGCCAUCUACGAUGAGGUGAAACAGUUAUCGCUGGCCGCCUCGCCCGAAGAGAGCAGGUCCUUGAACGAAGCCUACUCCGCCUUGGUGCUCAACUAUCAGAAUCUUGAGACAAAUAUGCAGCAAAAGAAGGUCUGCUUGGAAAAGUGGACGGAGUUGCUGAACUGGAAACAUGAAUCCGACAAUCACUUGAACUACAUCAAGCAUCAGGUAGAGAAGCCCGAUGCUCCUCAGUCGCAGGACCUGAACAAGAUCAUGUCAGAGAUUACGACCAUUGCGAAAACAGUGCCUUAUUGGAAAGCCCAAGCCAAGGAUAUCGAUGAGAAUCCUGUGAUUCAUCUGAAAGAUGCUUUGACGCGCAAACCCUACAUAGCCACUCAAAUCGUCAACGAUGUGGAGAACAAGCUGGAGAACAUACAGCUGCGCACUCAGAACCAGCAGCAGCAGAUCGAACAAAUGCAGGUUCGCAAGAAUAAAUUCCACAGUCUGGAGAGUAACCUGGGCCAAACGCUGCAAGACAAUCGAGCCAAACUGGCGGACAUUCUGAAGCGCAAACCCAAUCUUGAGAAUAUCGAUCAAAUCAUUUGUGAUUUGAUGGCCCUCAACGAUGCCCUGAAUGGACAGUCCGAUCUCAAGAAUCGCAUACAUGACGAGGGUAGUCAGUUGAUGCGCGAGGACAUUGCCAGUAUGCCAGCCAUACAGGAUACCCUUCUGCAUUUGGACAAAGACUACGACUCCUUGCAGAGUGAAAUUGCCGAACGCAUACAGAAAUACCAACUGAUUUCGCAAGCCCUCAGGGAAUUUGCCGAUUGCAAGAACAAGUUCUCGACGGAGCUGAAGAAGGCCCAGGAUCUGUAUCAUUCCAUACCCCAACAGCCUAGAGAUGAGGUCGAGUUGCACCAGGCCUCAGAAAAGACCCGCAAAACCAUGGAUCAAGUGCGAAAAUCCAAGGUGGUCCUGGAUGAGCUCGAUCGCAAGGUCGCCAAUGUGGCCAAGCUGUUCGAUAACAUUGGUGAAGUGAUGCCCCAGGAAAUACCCAAAGAGUUUACCGAUGCCAAGCUUAAGUGGCAAGACUUGCAUGACAAGACUGUGAAAAAUUCCCACAUGUAUGAGACGGAGGCGGUCAUCUGGUCGCAAAUUGAAGAUGCCAAAAAGGAUUUGAUACCCUGGCUCACAGAGACCAAUCAGGGUCUGUGCGAUGCCGCCGACAAUAGCAUGGAGAUCGAAUUUGCUCCCAUGCGCCUCACCAAAUACCGUUCCGAAUUGCCUUCGUAUCAGGCCCUAAAGGAUACCAUUGCCGAAAAAUGUGCUGAGCUGUUGCAGAUCAACAAUGGCGUAGAGAUUCCCGCUCUGACAGCACUCAAUGAGCUGCUGGACGCCCAGUUCCGCGAGGUGGAAACCAAUGCCGAACGCCUGAAUAGCAUAACUGCCCAAUUCAACGAUCAGGAGCAGGAUUUGCGCAAGAACAUCAAACAGGCCGGCGAAAAUGUGGCCAAGUUAAGAGAGCAACUCAUCAAAUGCGAUGAUAUGUCCGGCGAUAAUGCCAAGAUUCUCGAGCGUCUACAACAAUGUCGCCAGCUACAAGGCCAACUUGCCCAAACGGGCAAUGCCAUUGACAACAUUAAGCAAAAGGUGGAUGAACUGCGCAUGGUCUAUCCCACCUUCAGUGAGUCCAUCAUACCCAAGGAACUGAACAAUGUGCAGAAGCGCUACGAAGGCGUGGAGGUCUAUGCCAAGAAGAUUGAGAACUCUCUGUUGCAGUUCCUGAAGAAAUUCCAUGCAGAUCGCGUCAACAUGCUCAAGAGGAUCAUACAAACCCAGAGGGAGAAGGUGAACUGGUGCCAGCCCGAAAGCACUUCGGACAAAUACAAUUUGGAUGUCAAGAAGUCCUCACUGCAGGAGGUGGGUAAGGCCCUGGACGAUUGCAAGAAACGCCAGGCGGACAUUAGCAACUCCCUGCAAAUGCUGAAGGCCAUUGAGACACCACAGAACAUGGCCGAAUUGGUGAAAGAUGUUGAUCUGCUCAAUGCCGAAAUGAAUGAGUUGCAGCGGUCCUUUGACCAAAUCAAGAACAUCUUGGAUGAGAAUGUGGAUCUCUGGUCUCAGUACGAAAAGACCAAUGAAGAGCUUUCCUCAUGGAUGCGUGACAUUGAGGGUCGCAUUAAGGCCGAGACCAGCAAUCAAAUUGACCUGAACAGCAUACCCCAGAAGAUGCAAGAGCUGUUGGUCCUCAAGCAAGACAUAGACAACCAUGAGCCCGUCAUCAAUAAUUUGGAGAAGACCUCGCAGCAGUUGAUUAGCAAAAAUCCUGAGGCUCGCAUCGGUCAAUUUGUCUCGCACUUGGUACAACGUUACCAGACCGUGGCCAAGAGCCUGCAGCAGUAUAUGGACAAACUGCGAGAUGCCUCUAAGGCCAACGAUGACUACAGCCGGGCUCUCGAAGAAGCCACCGAAUGGCUGAGCGAAGCCAAAAUUGAAUUCCAGGAACUGGCACGCAUGGGUUCGCCUGGAUCAUCGUCGGCAACAGCCCAACAAUUGCAGACCAUCAAGAACUACCUGAAUACCUUCGAUAAUGGCCAGGUAGUCCUCAACAAUGUGGUCGAUUUGGGUGAAUCCUUGUAUCCCUCUGUCACUCCCGAUAACCGUGAGAAAAUCCGUGCCCAAUUGAGAAAUCUCCGGGAGAACUUUGAUUAUCUGCGCGAUGAGGCGAACGCUCUCCUGCAACAGGUCGAGGGUGUGCUAAUACAAAAGACCACUAUUGAGGAGAGCUACACCCAAGUGUCCCACUAUCUCACCGAAUCAAAGGCCAAGGUGCAAAAGGCCGACGAACUCUACCCUACUCUGGCCGCCAAGAAAGCCGCUUUGCAAAACUACAAAAUCCAGUUGCAAGAGGCCACUCUGCACCGGAAUGCCUUGAAGCAGUUGCAAGAGCGCGCCGUGGCUCUUUGCGAUGAUGAGUCAGAGCGCAAGACCGAAGAAUCCAUCAAUGAAUAUGGCAACUUGGCCAAGAAGAUAACCGACCGCAUUGGUGUAGUUAGCAAUCAGGUGGCCAAACAUGAGGCCUACGACCAGGUGCUGGAGAAGGCCCAAGACUGGCUGAACACCAUAAAAUCCGAGGCCAUUGAUAUUCUCAACGAAACCACCUUCGAAAAGGAGGGAGCUGAAGAGAAGCUUUUGGUGGUCGAGAAUCUCUUGCAACACAAGUCCGAAGGCGAUGCCAUUUUCGAAACCUGCCAGCAGUUGCUGAAUACUGUGCUCAGCCAGACCCAUUCGUCGGGACAUCCUGCCCUUUUGAAGAGCUUCCAGGAGCCCAAACAAGCCUGGGAUGACUUUAUGAUGUUGUGCCAAGACUCGCAAGUUAAGCUGCGUCAAUUGUGCUCGCAAUGGGACGAGUUUGAGACUGUCAUCGAUGAAAUUGACAACUGGAUGAAGAAUGUUGAGGCCGUGGUCAAGAGCCAGUCUCUCAAGAGCACAGCCGAAGCCAAGAAAGCCCAUCUGCAACAACUUCAGACCAUCUCCAAGGACAUCGAGAAACGUGCCAAAUCUAUAAACGAUCUCAUGGAUCAAGGACGUGAAAUCGAAGGAGAGACAGAUUUGAAUCUCAAGCUGUCACGCCUGAAUACCCGGUACCAAACCCUUAAGAAUCUCUGCAAAGAAUCCAUAUCCAAAUACCAGAACUAUGCGAAGGACCAUGAGGCCUUCGACCAGGACUAUGAGAAAUUCAAGAAGGAUCUGCAAUCGUGCAUCGAUGACUUGGAGAAGAACAAGGACAUUGUGGGCGAUCAGAAUCUGCUGCAGGAGCGCCAGAACAAACUGCGCGACAUGUCAGACAAGAGAAUCAAUGACAGCACCUCAUUUGAGAAUCUCAUUGAUCGUGGUGAGAAGCUGUAUGGCCACACUAGUCCCGAUGGCCGCGAAAUCAUCCGCCAACAGCUACGCAAUUUGCGCACCAUGUGGGACAAUUACACUGACGAUUUGAAUCAGGCCUCGCAGCGUAUCGAUCACUGCCUUCUGCAAUUCAAUGACUUCACCAUUGCCCAAGACCAACUGACUAAAUGGCUGAAGGAUGUCGACAAGGCCAUGCAAUCGCACACCGAACCCAAGACCACUUUGCAGGAGAAGAGAGCUCAGCUUCAGAAUCACAAGCUACUGCAUCAGGAGAUCACCACUCACAAUGUGAUGGUGGACAAUGUUUGCGACAAGGCCCAAGUGUUGGUGGACCAAAUAAAGGACAACUCGCUCAAUGUGUAUCUGCAGUCCAUCAAACAACUGUUCAACAACAUCGUACAGAAAUCGGAGGAAAUCCUCAAUAACUUGGGCGAUUGUGUGCAGAAGCACAACGAGUUGAAUAACCAAAUCACCGCCGCCAAAUCCUGGAUUUCCGGUGAAAAGGCCAAACUUUUGGAAUGCGAUGAUGCCUACGGCGAGAAGUCCGACAUCAAGCGCAAAAUCGAGACUCUUCAAAGUCUGGCCCAGAACAAGCCCCAGGCCAUGAAAUUGGUCUCUGACAUCAGGGAGCAAUUCGAGAAGGUAAAACCCUCCACCUCGGAGAAGGGCAUCGACAUCCUGGAUAAGGAGAUCAAGGAGCUUGAAGUUACCAUGAAGUCCCACUUCGAUGACAUCGAAGGUAUUGAGGGCAAACAAAAGGAUGUUCUGCAGCAAUGGAAGAACUUUGAGGACAAACUGGAAGAGCUGACCAAAUGGUGCCGUGCUGCCGAGGCCGUCUUCCGCGAGCAACAACUCCAGUCCACUUUGCACGAGAAGGUCGAACAGUUGGAGAAGUACAAAAUCCAAAGGGAUUUAAUUUUGCAAAAGGAAAAGGAGAUCGAUGCCUUUGCAGAUGCGGCCCAUUCCCUGUUGAAUAACAGUGGUGCCGAACGCCUUAAAACCCUGACCUCCCAAAUAGCCAAUCGCUAUCAGUUGUUGCAAGUCCUUAGCAAGGAAGUGGUCAACAGAUGGACCAAUCUGGUCGAUGACCAUCAAUUGUACCAGGACAAAUACAACGAAGUCGACUUGUGGCUGGAACCCAUUGAGAAGCAGGUGCAACAUGCCGAGAAGGAAGAUGCUUCCCAAAUCGCCAAUGUGCUGUCCAUAUUGCUGUCCGAGCGAGAGCAGGCGGAGAACUUGUUUGCCUCGCUCAAUGCUGCAGGCGAGAAAGCCUUACCCGAAACCUCCACCCAGGGCAGAGAGAAGUUGCGCAAGGAAAUGCGUGACAUCAGAGACAGAUGGGACAAACUGGAUGAGGGUAUACGCAAUCUGCAAAAGAAACAGGAAGCCCAGACCAUUCAGCUCUCCAGCUAUCAGGACAUCCUGGGUCAAGUUGUCAAUUGGCUAGACCAAGUUGAGAAGGUGGUGCAAAGUGAAAACCCAUCCACUUGGACCAGUGCCCAGGAGAUACGCUCCCGCUUGUACAAAUUCAAGGCCACCCAUCAGGAUAUCAAUUCGCACAAACGCAUUGUCGAGGCUGUCAACGAGAAGGCUGCUCUCUUGCAGAGCUCUGCCUUGCCCGCUAAUGCCUCUGAAAUUAAACAGGCUGUGGAAAAAUUAAACAAGCGCUACGAGAAGGUGGCCGUCGAUUGCAGCAAGCUCUUGCAGCAGCUGGAGGAAGCCUUCGAGGUGUACCAGCAAUUCAGCGAACUACAAAAGGCCCAACAGGAUUACCAGAAGAAUUUGUGGGAUCGCUUGACCGGCUACUCCGACUAUUCGGGCAAUAAGCCAGCGUUGCAGGCCCGUCUCAACAAGGUAACCGAGAUUAUGGAUUCAUUGCCCGAAGGCUUGCAAAAGCUGCAGACCCUAUCGGAGCACAUUGACAGCAAUACCAAGGUUUUGCCAGCUCGUUCCAAAGAGGCCAUGACUCGCGACUUGAGCAAUUUGCAUGCAGACUUUGAGAAAUUCUCCGCCGCCCUGACCGAUGUCAAGAGCGGCUUGGAAAAUCGCCUCCGACAAUGGGGUGAUUACGAGGUGAAUCUGGAUCAGUUGAUCUCAUGGUUGGGCGAAUCGGAGAAUGCACUGAAAAAUUACAAUCCCAAGUCCGCCUUGGAGGAGAAGGAAGAACAACUCAAUAAAUUCCAGUCUUUGGCCCACAAUUUACGCCAAAAGGAGGUGGAAUUCGAGAAAAUCAAGGAUGAUUCCUCCGAGUUGAUACAAAGUUCGGGUGAAACCAGAAUUGCCGUCAACGUGCAGCAGGUAACCUCCCGAUUCCAGUCCAUACAGGCCACCACUAAAGAGAUCCUCAAGAAAUGUGAACAAGCCGUUCAGGACCAUCAGAUGUUCAAUGAGAAAUACAAGCAGUGCUCUGAUUGGCUGGCCAGUGCUCAAGCCAAAUACGAUGGCAGCAGUGAUCUAAGCCAAGUAUCGUCUCGCGACGAUUUGCUUAAGAAACAGAUUGCCGUCCAAGAGCUUUUGGCUCAACAACCCUCGGCUACGCUGCUGCUGAACAACACCAUUGAGUGCGGCGAGAAAUGCUACCCCUCCACAGCCACUGAGGGCCGCGAAGCUAUUCGCUCGCAAUUGGAGGAGCUGCAACAGACCUUCGAUCAACUCUUCGACAACAUCACCAGCAAUGCGCGCAAGAUCCAAGACAAAAUGUCCAAAUGGUCCGGCUUUGAUGAGAUUGCCGAGAAGCUCAAGAGCUGGUUGGCAGAUAUCGAAAAGGCCGUUCCCGCAGAAAUCGAACUCAGGACCACUUUGGAUGAGAAACGAGGCAAGUUGCAGAACUAUCGCGACGCCUUGAACGAUAUCAACAAUCAUCAGGCCGAGAUAGGCAAUUUGCAAGAAAUUGCCGCCAAUCUACCAGAGAAAACCGAACACGUCGAUGUGACCACCAAGGACAUUGUGGAUCGCUACAAUAAGGUGCAAAAGCGGGCCCAACAAUAUGUCGAGAACUAUGAGCGCAUUGUCAGUGCCCAUCAGCAGUACUGCAAGGCUGUUAUGGAUGCGCAGGAGUUCAUUGAAUCCACCCACUCCACCAUCGACUACUGGGGAGAUUUGGAUUUGGAACAGGUCUCAUUGCAUACGAAUCUAGAUCGUUUGAAGAACUUGAAGACCAGUCUGGCCGAUGAGUUCCCCAGGGUGGAUCAGGUGCGUGCCUUGGGAGAAAAGGUCAUACCCGGCACCGUGGAUGCAGGCCAAGUCAAUAUCAAGACCCAGAUCGAUAACACGCAACAGGAGUGGGAAGGCCUGAUAGCUGAGCUUAACACCACCAUCGAGGCCAUUGAAUUGCGUCUGCAGCAGUGGUCUGACUACGAGCAAUUGCGCGAUCAAUGUUUGGCUUGGAUACGAGAGUGCGAUAACAAGCUGCACUCCAUCGAUUUGAAACCCAAUUUGGCCGAUAAGAAGUCGCAGCUGGAGGAGCUGAAGUCGCUGCAGGGUGAAGUAAGAGCCAAGGAAUUGGAAAUUGACAAUGUCUCCGAAAAGGCCCAAAUGUUAAUGAAGGGUCCCUCGGCUUCGAGAUCGUCUGGCCCCGAAUUGGUCACCAAAUACCAGCAGCUAUUCCACAAAGUCAAGGAGCUUAACAAUCGCUGGCAACAGUAUGUCAGCACCCAUCAGGACUUCGAGACCACCAUUUCUGAGUGCACCUCUUGGAUUAUGGGCAUCAAGGAAAAACUGGACUACUGUUCCGAUAUGAGUUCGAUGAGCCAAAAGGAAUUGGACAAGAAAUUGGCCACCAUACAAGAUAUUAUUCUCAUGAAAGACGAAGGAACUGCCAAGGUGCUUAGCAUCGUCGAAAUGGCCCAAAACGUUUUGGCCAAUACCGCUCCAAAUGGCCAUGAUGCCAUAAACAAAGAAUUGAGCGACUUGCAAGACCUUUGGUCCGCCAUAGCCUUGCGCAUCGUUGAUGUCAAGGCCCAAUUGGAUGACUCGAUAACUCAAUGGUCCGGCUUCCUUGAGCAAGUGCAGAAUGUUUCCAAGUUCAAUGACUGGUUGGAGAGCACACUUAGAGAACUGUCCGAAUACCAGGCCACCAUGCCCGAGAAGAGAGCCCAACUGGAUCGUGUCAAGACCACCGAGGAAAAAGUGCGUGUAGAGAAGAUCGAUGUUGACGCCUUGAAGUCUCAGGCCAGAGACAUGAUUGCCAGUGGUCAACAAAGCCAGUCGGCCUUCCAGGCUCAAAAGGUUCUGGAGAGAUUCGAUGAGUUGGCUGCCAGAUCACAGAAACUGCUCACCGAGCGUCAAGACGAAUACAGAGAUCAUCGCCUGUACAAGGAGGCCUAUGACGACCUCGUCAGCUGGAUCAGCCGGGCUCGCGAGAAGUUCCCCUCACUGAAACAAAGCAGUCUGAGCGACAAACUGGCCAUCGAAAAUGCCGUACAGGCCACCGAAAACAUGCUCAACAAGCAAGCCCAAGGCGAACUUUUGGUCGAGCAUUUGACCCACCGUGGAGAAGUUGUAUUGGCCAGCACCUCGCCUCAGGGGCAAGAGAUCAUACGCAAUGACAUUCGUUCGCUGAGAGACAGCUUCGAGAGUCUCUUCCGCGACAUCAACCAGCAGAAGGAGAACCUCGAGGACACCAUGACCCAAUGGCGGGUGUUCAAGGAGGAAUACGAACGGCUCACUGAGUGGUUGCAACAGAUCGAUAUUUUGGUCAAAAAUCACAAGCUGAACCUUUUGCCAAAUUUGCCAGAGAAGGAGAAGCAGGUGGCCGAUAUGCGUGACAUAAUGAAGCGCUUGGAGAAAGGCAAGGAUGACAUUGAAAAGUUCAACAAAUCGGCUGCUGGUCUUCUGCAGUCCCACUUGGACACCUAUGUUAAUAACCAGCUGAGACAUCUGAACUCUGUCUACCAGGUUCAAGUCAAUCUGGCCAAGGAUGUUCUCAAGAAGGUGGAGACCAAUCGUGAUCAGCACAGCGAGUUCAAUGGUAACAUGGAGUCGGCUAAAUCUUGGAUUGAUAAUGCCAAGGAGGUCAUACGUCAGUGCGGUGAAUCCUCGAGUGCGGGCUCCAAGGAGAUGCUCGAGAAACGCCUGGAAAAGAUUCAAGAACUCAUUCGCAAUCGCGAAGUGGGACAAAACCUGGUGCACACAGCCAUCAAUAAUGGCGAAAAGGUGGCACGCAACACUCGCUCCGAUGGCCGCGAUGCCAUUAACAAUGCCAUGAAGGAGUUGCAAAACGACUGGGAUCGCCUGGUCAAGAAAAUGUCCACUGCGAAGGUGCAAUUGGAGACUAAUUUGCUGCAAUGGGCUGACUACAGCUCCAGCUAUUCGCAAUUGCAACAAUGGAUAUCGGAUCGUGAAGCCAAGUUGCAGCAGGCCUGCGAACAGAAGGUGAUCAAGUCCAGAGGCCAACCAGGUCUGAGCAGUGGCCUAAGUGAGCGCAAGGCCAAUUUGAGGCAAACCAACAACAUUGUGCAGGACAUUGUUUCCUUUGAACCCAUGAUACAGUCGGUAACCUGCAAGGCUUCUGAUCUGCAACAGGGGGCUCCUGCUUCGGAGAUUUCCAACAAAUACGAGACCCUGACCAAACAAGCCAAGGAUCUGUAUGAGAAGCAGAAGAACACCAUCGACCAAUACCAGGCUUUGAUAGAUGCAGGCAAUGAUUUUGCCACUUGGCUGCGCAAUGCCAAGGAACGCUUGAGCAAAUGCUCCGAGCCCACUGGCGACAAACAAGCCUUGGCCGAGAAGACACAUCUGUUGAAGAUUUUGCAAAGUGAAGUACCCGAAGGCCAGAAGAAGCUUGAGGCUGCCUUAGCCCAGGGUGAGAUUGCUUGCCGCAGUGCUGAGCCAGAAGAUCGUGAGAUCAUUGAGCAGGAGGUGGCCCUUCUGCAAGAGGAGUUCGAUGCCUACGUGGACAAUCUGAAGAAGACCAAGGACUACUUGGAGAUGGGCAUUGUGAAGUGGUCCGACUACCAAGAUCAAUAUACCGAGGCCUUGGAUUGGUUGACCAAAACCGAGGCCCUGGUACAGUCCUACAAUAAACUCCAGGAAAAUCUUACCCAGAAAAAGGUGGUUUUGGAAGAAUUCCAAGGCCAUCUGCAGACCUUGUUCGACUGGCAAAAGACUUUGGACCAUCUCAACAUGAAGGCCCAAAUGUUGCUGGAGACGUGCUCUGAUACCCGCAUCAGCAAUGCCAUCAUGCAAUUGACCACCAAAUACAAUGCCCUGCUUACCUUGGCCAAGGAAGUUAUGCGCCGCCUGGAAAUGCAUUACCAAGAACAUCAACAGCACCACAGUCUCUACGAGGAAUGCCAGUCAUGGAUUGAGCAAACCCGCGAGAAACUCCAACAGUGUGAGGUUAUCCCCGGCACUCUCAGUGAGGUGCAAAUCAAAUUGAACACCGUUAAGAACCUGCGCCAGGGCUUCGAGUCGGGCCAAAAUAAACUUCGUUAUCUGAUGGAGUUGAAGGAGAAGGUCAUUAUGAACACCGAGCCCACUGGUGCCGCCAAGGUUCAAGAGGACACUGACUCCCUCAAGCAGGACUAUGACGAUCUGCUUACCCAGAUGAACGAUGUCAAGCAGAAGUUGAUGAACCGCUUGUCACAGUUGGAGGAGAUCUACAAGUUGUACAAACUCUUGCAAGAAUGGCUGGAAGAUGUGGAGCCCAGUCUGAAGACAUCUGGAGAAUUCCUCAACGAUUUGAGUGAAAAGCGGGCAGCGCUGGAGAAAUUCCGCGCCAUACAAAGAGAUUUCAAUGGCCACAGUGACUUCAUAGAGAAGAUCAAUAAGCGCCUCAGCGAAGACAGUUCUCUGGAUCGCAAUGAUUUCAAGCCUGGCAUGGACAAGUUCGAGGAACUGCAGGCCAAGGUGAAUGCCAUCAUUGAGUCGCUGGAGAACCAGGUGAACAAUCACGACAAAUACAAGCAGGCCUUCAACGAAAUCGCCGAAUGGCUGCGUAAGACACGCAUGGACAUUGAACAGUGCUCCGAUUGCCAUGGCGAGAAGCAACAGGUCGAAGAUCGCAUCAACAAAUUGGGCGACAUCGACUCCACCAUGAUGGAGGGCAAGGCCCUGCUGGAUGCCUGCCAAGAAUUGUCACAGGCAGUCAUCAACACCAGUGGCACCGAAGGCCAAGACACAGUGCAGCAGGAAAUCAAACACCUGUGCGCCGAAUGGGAGGCCAUACAGAUCAUGUCCCGCGAUGCCCGCCACAAUUUGGAGACCUGCCUCAAUGUCUGGUCCAGCUUCUUGCAGAAGUUCAACAAAAUCAACCAAUGGAUCGAAGAUCUUACCAAGCGGGUGAAUAAGGCCAGCGAGUCGGAGAACAAGACCCCCGAAGACUUGGUGCACGCAAAGAAACUCUUGGAGGAAGUUGUGGCCGAAAAGGACAAUGUCGAGGAAUUGAAUGAUUCCUGUGAAUUGCUUAUGGAACACAGUGCUUGCUCCAGGGUGAGGGAUCAAACUGUUGAUACCCAGGUCAACUACACCAAAUUGUUGACCUCUGCCCAAGGUUUAGUGGCUAAGAUCGAAAAGAACUUGUCCGACCACACUGAGUUCUUCAACUACAAGAAUGAAAUGGAUGCCUGGAUUGAAAAGGCCCAACACAUCUUGGAUGGCUGCACUGGCGAAGGUGAUAUUCAGCAAAUCAUUCAACAAAUCGAAACGGUCAAUUCUUUGUCCUCCCGCCUGCCCGAGGGUCAACAUCUUUUGGGCAUGGUGCAGGACUCCUACACCAAAGCCUCCAAUGUCCUACCCGAAGACAAGCAAGAGAAGCUGCGUGAGCUUAUGACCAAGGUGCGUGAAGAUUGGGACACCCUUGGCUUGGCUGUCAAACAGAAACUGAUUGAUUUGCGACAAGCCCAAACUCGUUGGUCCGACUUCUCGGCCAACAAAGACAAACUGGCCAAAUGGCUGAGCGACAUGGAGAAGACCUUGAGGAGCCUGCCCGACACCAAGGGUGAAUUGGGCGAAAUGAAAACCCAAUUGGAGCGUUACAAGGGCAUGCAAAAUGACAUCAAGCUUAAGGGUUCGGAACUUGAAAAUCUGAUAUCUGAAGCCAAGGAAUUGGGCAUUGAUCUGGAUGAGGUGCAUCGUUUGCAAGGUCGCUGGGACAAGGUCAAGAACGAUUGCAAUAAUCACUUCAAGGAGUUGGAGGGAGAAAUCAACGACUACACCGCCUACCAUCAAGCACUGCAAGACAUUGAGAAAUGGCUUUUGCAGAUCUCCUUCCAGCUGAUGGCCCACAAUUCGUUGUUCAUCUCGAAUCGCCAGCAGACUCUGGAACAAAUCAAACAGCAUGAAGCCCUUCUGGAUGAGAUCCAAAAAUAUCAAGCCAAUAUCGAUGACCUCAACGACAAGGGUCACAAUCAAAUUAAACGCUACGAAAGAACCACUCCCUCGGUGCGGGACACCGUUGAGAAUCAAUUGAAGAACAUACAGGACAGUUACAAUUCCUUGCUGCAGACUUCAGUGCAAAUACGCAAUCGCCUGCAAGAGUCUUUGGCCAAAUUCCAAGAGUACGAAGAUACCUUGGACAGCAUCAUGCGUAACUUGGAGGACUAUGAGCCUGUCAUACAAACCGAAUUGGAUGCCCCUGCCACCAGCUUAGAAAUGGCCCAAAAUCAAUUGAAAUGUGCUCAGAAUAUGCAAACCAAGUUGAAUCAUGAGAAAUCACGCUUGGCCAGUGCUGUGCAGGCCUGUGAGGCUGCAACAGCCUCCAUAAGUCGCCCCAGCUCCCCAUUGGAAACUGCAAUGCAGGUCAUACCCGAACGUGAAUUGAUAGUGCGCGCCAAGUUGGAAGAUCUGCUAGAUCAGAUACCCAGUAAUAAUACUCAAAACUCAACGCAAGACAGCGAUGAUCUGGUAGACGUUGAGAUUUCUGAAGUUAGUGACACUUUACUGGAUGCCGUAUCGCAUGAACGUAUACAAAAAUUCAAAAACAUAAUACGUUCCAAUAUUCUGAUUGUUCAAACCCUAUACGCUCUGAAUGCUAAGGUGCAAUCUCACUUGGGUGGAUUGAUUGCUUCCGUUAGUGAAUUAGAGCAACAGCAGAAACAACGCGCCGAAUUGGGUGACUGGAUUAAAAAGCAACAGGGCGCUGUGGCCGACUGGUUGACCCGCCCCUGCAAACUUCGUCCUGAGGCUGCCAAACAGGAACUGGUGACGAUGAACGAUUUGCUAAGUGCCAUUGGUGACAAACGUUCCCAACUUAUGCUGGAAAUGACAGGAUCACUUGCCGAAGAUGACACCGAUCUUGAUGACAACAUUGACAAACUGGAGUCAUCUCUCAUGGAUGCCAUAGCCAAGAAGCAAGCCGGUCAAAAUGUCAUCGACGAUUAUCGCCAAAGUGUUCAGGAUAUGCAAAACUGGAUCGAUGGCCUUAUCAAGCGCAUGGAUGUUCUCGACAAGGGCUCUGGUUUGAAUUGUGCCCAGAAAAUGGCUGCCAUUUCGGAGAUUCGCAACGAAUUCAACCAGCAAGGACCCCAGAAAAUGCAAGAGCUCAAGAAUAAGGCUGCCCAAGUUUGUGAGGUGAUUAGCAAUUUGGAUGGCCAACAGGUGGAGGAACAAAUGAAGUCUUUGGAUAGGCGUUAUGCCGAUUUGGGCAAGAGAUUGGAACGCAAAGCACAGCUGCUGGAUGUCACCAAUAAGAGUGUUGGUGGUGUCAAGGGAGAAAUCGAUCAAUUGCAAAACUGGGUCAAAGAGAAGAUUCAAGAACUGCAAGCUCCCACUAAGCUGGGCUUCGAACCCAAAUCUGCUGAGGCCAGACAACAAGCCAUCAAGGCUCUUAUGAAAGAUGCCGAAGGCAAACAAUCUUUGGCCGAUGCCCUGGAAAAGAGAAUUUCCAAUAUGCAGCCUGAGCUGGAGCCUGCCGAAUAUUCCCAAUUGGAAUCGGCCCUGCGCAAUUUGAAUACCGAACAGAAAAACUUGUCCAGCGUUCUUAAAUCGGAAAUGGAGAAGGCUUUGGAUGCCGCCAAGGCACGCAAGGCAUUUGAGAAUGAUUUGGACAAGGCCCGUGCUUGGCUGAAAUCCAAGAUAGCCGAAGUUAGAAAACUUCCCGUUUAUCAUCCCCUCGCUUCCAUUGAAAUUGAAAGCAAACUGCAAGAGAACAAGAAAUACGAAGACGAAGGCCGUCAUUUCAAUGACAGUGUCUUGAGCGAUGUUAAACGCCAAGCCAGCAACAUCAUGAAGGAUUGUUCGGAUGGCGACAAGGCCGCCCUUCAAAAGAUUUUGGAUGAAAUCGAUGCCGAUUACAAGACGCUUAAGGAUGAAACCGCCAAGCGAGCCAAGGCUUUGGCUGAUCUCUUGCAAGGUCGCAAGGCCUUUGAGAAUUCCAUGAAGAAAAUGGGCGAUUGGUUGAACGAAAUGGAAACUGCCACUGAGGGAGAGCUGAGAACUUCCAGCCUGCCCGUUUUGGAGGAGCAGUUAACGCACUACAAGAAACUUAUGACCAACGCCGAUGGCAUGGGUGGUUUGAUGAAUGACAUCAAUGAGCAGGGCAAGAGUGUCUUGCCCACCCUCAGCAAUCCCGACAAGUUGAAACUCAAUGAGGAUAUCAAGAACAUGAAGGACCGCUAUGGCAAGAUCAAACAGCGUCUGGGCGAUCGUGUCAACACUUUGGGUGACCACAUCAAGAAAUACAAGGACGCCAAGAGCAAGCUCACCGAAUGCAUGGACUUCUUGAAUAGAGUGCAGCAACGCUUGCGCGAUCUCAACAAGCCCGUGGGCUCCAAGAUCGAAGAUGUCCAGGAACUUUUGGGAGCCUACGAAGGCAUCCUUAAGGAAUUGAAGGACAGCAAGCACCGUAUGGGAGACAUGAAGGUCGACGAUUUGCCCGAGUUGCAAAGCAUUUUGGCCCAACAGGAUGAUAUGAUCAAGCUAAUCGAAGAUCAAUUGGCCCAUUUGAGACAGUUAUUGCUUUUGCGUGAACAAUUCAUUGCCUUGAUCAAUGAGAUCAUUGCCUUUAUCAUGAAGUACACCGAUGUCAUCAUUGACAUUGAGAAUGCCCCCGACAGCCUGGAGGAGAAGAUCAAUAAGUACGAUGACGUCAUUGUUAAGAUCCAGGAAUGCGAAGGUGUUUUGGCUUCCGCCACCGACAAGGGCCAGAAGAUUGCCUCCGAAGGUACUGCGGCCGACAAGAAUUCCAUCACCGAACAAUUGCAGUCAUUGAAGAACCAAUUGGGCAAUUUGCGUAAGGCUGUCGAACAACAAAGGCAGAAACAUCAAAUCCAAUUGGAACACCACAAGAAAAUGGCUGCCGAACUCUCGGAAAUUCUCGACUGGUUGCAUUGCAAUGAGGGCAUAGUAAAAUCGCGUCCCUUGCUUGAUCGCGAUCCUGAUUCGGUGGAACGCGAAUUGCAGAAGCAUAAGAACCUUAGCUCCGAAGUACAGGAAUAUCUGAACAAAUUCAACAAGAUCAAUAGUGGCAUUAAAACAGAAGUAGGCAUGCCAAGCUCGUUGGUGGAAAUGUUAUCCGAAGGUCGCUCCCUGGUCUCCUCCUUGCCCCAGGAAUUGGAAGAUCGUGAAAAGUAUUUGGUCAAUAAUCGUAAUUCACGUUUGGACUACAUGAAAUUGGUCUCGCAAUUCAAGGAUUGGCUACAUGAAGCCGAAGAUCGUUUGCAAUUGGGCAAACAUGGCAUUGACUAUGAGAACUUGGUGCGUGAUCUGGAAGAUCACAAGAUCUUCUUUGGCAAUGAGCAACCCAUAAGGAACUUGGUACACAAACAAAUUCAAGAUGCUGCCGACAAGAUCUGGCCAUCACUCAAUGGCUAUGAACAAACCGAAUUGUCGGGUGAACUAUCGCAGUUCCAAACCAAACUCACCAACACUUUGGCCCAGGCCAAGACCCAGCAAGGCGAUCUAGAGAAGGAGAACGAAUUGUGGCGCGAAUAUCAGCAGUCCGUGGAACGUGUCAAGGCCACCAUCGAACGUUCCAAGUUCACCGAUGAACCAGUGCAAAAUUUGGCCGGUGUUCAUUUCAAUAUACAAAAGUUGACGCAUGCUAUUGGUAAUGUUCAGAGUCAAACCAGUGACAUCACCCUAGCAAAUCAACAAGCUCAAGGACUUUUGCGUCAAGCUGAUGCCCGCAAUCGUCAGCUGAUUGAGCAGGACAAUUUGCAAUUGAAUCGUUUGUGGCAAGAGCUCAUUGCCUCUUUAGAAAAGAGGCGUGACAACUUGCAAACAGUGGCCGAUAAGUGGGACGAUUUCGAAAAUCGCCUAUUAAGCUGGGAAAAGGCCAUUGGACGUUUGUCGGAUAAGUUCCGCAAUGUCGACCCAGUGGUAAGAUCCCGACGUCAUUUGGAAGAUACAAAGCAUGCCAUCCAGGAAAUUCUCAGUGAAUCGGAAGAACUUAAAUCAUCACAUAAAGAUAUUGAGGCGCUCUCAAAAUCAAUCGUCACAUUCCUUGGGGAAGUACACAAACCCUCGGCGGAGGCCAUACAGGCCAAAUUGGAUAACUUAGUGAAGCAACAAAAAGAAUUGAACGACUCUUUGCAAGAUAAGGAUCGUCAGGUUGGUCGUGAUUUGGAAGAAAUCGAGGCCAUCUUCCGUAAAGUCUCCACACUACAAGACAAAUUCAACACCUUGUUGGAGGAGAUCCAGGCUGUUCAUGCAUUUGAUGAGAACAUCACCAAAAUCGAGAAACAAUUGCAAGACUUGGAUAGCACAGUCAAGAAAACGGUCAAAGAGAGCCAGAGCCUUGUGAGUACGACCAAGGAGCUGUACUUGAAGAAACAAAAUCUCGUACCCAGUGAUAUAGGCCAGGAGUUCACAGCACUCGAACUACUGUCCGAGCGUGUACAGGGCAACAUGGAGUCGAAACAGAAGGAAUUCAAACGUGCCAAAACCGUACGCACAGACUACAUGUCCGGUGUGGACGAGAUUCAAAGAUGGCUAAUGCAAGCCGAAAUCGAGGUGCAAGAUCGCACUUUGGCCCCGGCACAAAUGAAGGAACUAUUGCAUCGCAUCAAUCAGGAAAUCACCGGCAUUUAUGAGCGCUUCACCAUGGUCAAGACCAAUGGCCAACUGAUCAUAGACAAUUGCCGCAGCAGCGAUGAGAAGCUGCUGGUGCAAACCACCAUUGAUCAGCUGGCCCAACAACUGGGCCAGGUGCGCGCCUGGUUGGAUGAAAAGAAACAACAAGUUGGCGAUAGCCUGGACGCCUGGACUCGCUUCAUGAAUCUGUAUCAAAUUGUUAUGGCCUGGGUGGCCGAAAAACGUCUAUUCCUGGCACAAAGUAUUGAACUGAGAACAUUGCCCGAGGCUCGUACCAAACUCAAUGAUUAUGUAGCGGCUGUGAAGAGUAUUAAACCAAUUGUGAAACAUUUAAGCGAAAUGGACCGAGAAUUGGAACACAUAGGCCAAGUGACCACUGUGGGCGAUCUCAAGGAGAAACUACAAGAAGCCGAAGAUGCGAAGGUUGCUGUGGAAGCUGUAUUGUUAGAGAGGAAUGCAUUGCUACAAGAAGCCUGCGAAGAAUGGGAACAAUGUGAACGCAAAGUUAAGGACAUACGCAGCUGGAUAGAUAAGACCAAACAAUCUCUGGAAUCGCCACAGCACAAAAAGAAACCAUUAAGAGAUCAAUUAGGCUUUUGUGAGAAAACAAUGGCCGACAUCAAUGUACAGAAGACCAAACUAAGACUGUCUAUUGAAAAAUUGGAGGUCCACUUCCGCAAUGGUAUGGGUGGAGAUCCACGUCUGAGCGAGCAUGUCGAUGAUUUGCUUAAGGUUCUGGAUGGCCUGGGAGCUAUGGUGAAAUCCACUAGCUCCGGCCUGGAAGAAACCCUGCAACAAAUCGAUGUCUACCAGCAACAAAUGCAAACGUUAAGGCAAAAGAUCAUACAAGAGGAACAACAAUUGCGACUGGUCAUGGCGCCCACAUAUCUGCCACACGAUCGUGAGCGUGCCUUGGCCGAACAACAGGCUCUACGUGCAUCCAUUGAUGAUAUGCAACACAGAUAUGAUGGGGUUGCCGCAUUGUCGUAUACCUUGGACCCACAUUCGGUGGUCGCAACAUCAUCGUCCGUUUCCAUGAUGUUGAAUCCCUCCAAAAUAGGUCUGACAUAUGCCGAGGUACUUACAGGUCAAUCAUCGCCCGAAACUGACAAAUCCAGUUCUGUGUCAUCGACACCUGAGCUUAGAACCAUCGCCGCCACUAGCACCACCAGCACUGAAGUGCCCCAACCGUUGGUCAAUGUUAACACCACAACUGAGGAAUAUGUGGACGAACAUGGCAUUAAGCACAAAAUUACCACCACCAUGACAACAAAGACCACCCGAACUGGCAGUUCCACCACCAGCUACACCUCAACCCGACAGGAACGUAAUAAGGCUCGUGAAACAAGAAAUACCAAACAAAUGUCCCUGACCUCCCACUCAACCAGCGCCGAAACAAGCGACCAAGUGCCACCAAUGGUGCCAAUGUCAAUGCCAACGCCACCGCCACCGCCUUCAGUUCAGACCACUCAGAUGCGAGAGGAAUUCAUUACCUUGGAGCCCUCGCGAACCAUAGAAGUAAUGGAAGAAUUCGUGCCACAGGAACGUAGGGUACAACCGCAGGUCGGUAAACCGCAACUACGUGGACCACGUGAGCAACGUGAACAACGUUCGCGAGGACGUUCACCUCGAAGAAGGCCCAAUGCCCCAAGUGGAGGCGAACCGGAGUACAGACCUCAAACCACUGAACAAAGAAUAACCACCUCAACGUCCCAAUUGUUAAUUCCUGGCGAGGAGCGUUCUCGUUCCAAGAGUCCCAUGUGGGUGCCAGGCUCUACAUCCUAUGCAGAGGUUCUUAGAGGCAUUGAAUUGGAAAGGCAAAGACAGGCAGGUCUCAGAGAAACUCAGAGCGAACAAACCUCUCAACACUCUUCCACAACCUCCUCCAGGACUCGUACCGUGUACAGUGGCAAACGGGAAGUGACCUCAAAGACCACCUCCUCAUCAAAGACAACAAGCUCGGAAACGUUUAUGGUUCCUAGACAAACGGUUUCAGAAUUGGUGCAGGCGCCAAGCGCAGAACCGACUCAACUACUAACACAACAACAACAACAUGUUACCGAGAUUGUUGAACCCCGAACCACACAAACCUCGUAUUACACGGCACAGACCUCGCCCCAAACGUUGACCACUUCGUAUGUAACCACCCAGGUGGGAAUGCCGCACGAACCCUCUCACCCAAUGACCAGCACCCAACCUAUCGAUGCAUCCGCUGGCCCUUACGUAAGUACUUAUAAUACCUCCGACAUUCCCAUGACGGCCGAAGAAAUACAAGCCACCUAUCUGCAACCCGAUCCCCAAUUGUAUCAAUCCAUGUAUGAGAAUCUACAGGACAGUGAUCAGUGGGGUUAUGUAGCCCAGGCGACACCAGUGGCGCCAUCAUCCUCCGACAAUUUCUAUGAACAAAUGAUGCAAGUGCAAUAUACACAGCCUGGUGCAGCCGGGGCCAUACAGGCCACCUAUCCCGGCUAUCAGUAUACCACACAGGGCACCCAAUACCAAUUGGUGACCACAGGUUAUUACCAAACCAAUCAGCAAACUUCCACGGAAGCCUAUCAGCAGACUCUGUAUAAUCCCAGUGAGCAAAUGUAUUAUCAACAGCCGGCCACACAGGAGUACUCCCAGUACAUCUAUCAGGAACCGCAGGAAACCCAAGCUCCUCAAGUCACCGACACCUAUCAGACUGAGUAUGAUGCCAAUAACAUGGAGACCUUCUCCAAUGUGGUCACCACCUUGGCCUCAAUGAUACAGCAGCAGCAACAGCAAUCGACAGUGACCACCUCUUCCAGCACCACCACUUCAGAACAGCCCACAGUUUUGUAUGAGCCCCAAGAAAUUAAGGUUGAGGAACCCAUACCCGACUUGACCUUUGGCCAAUUUGCCAUAAACGAAAUCGAAAGCAUACCACAACAAGAGAUUGUUGUCGAAGAACAGCAGCAGCAGCAGGCCACAGCACCUCAAUUUGUAAAUACCAAUAAACCCAAAAGAGCUCCCCAAGCAGCUCCUAGUGCUGAGACAGCCACGCGUCCAGGACAAUCAUAUCCCAAUACUACUCAUCAGCAUCAGCAUCAGCAUCAUGAAGAGUACAUCACAUAUGUGCAUGAACCCAUGCCACAGCAGCAGCAGGCCCAAGUAGUGGAGCCAAGCAAGCCGCAAAUUGCCGGCACCACAUAUGCCGAAGUUUUAUUCGGCAUGCGACAUGGUCAAAAUUUCCAGCCAUCCAGUCAUCAACCGAUCCAUGUCAAAGUGAGCGCUACCCCCCGCGCCAUCAGAGAGCAAACUGUAAAUAAUCAGACAAGCAAGACGGAAGCCACAAUGAGGGCGACCACGACGACGACGACGACGACAACGACAUUAUCGAAAACACAAACCAAAACUAAAGACCAGAGAUUCAUUUCAUCCUCACGCGAUGAAACUCGCCACAAAAAGCAGAAACUUAUGAAAGAGCCCGAGGAGCAACGUGCUCCUCAGUGGGGUGUUUCAAAUGUUUAUGGAGAGACCAUGGUUACUGAAGCUACUACCAGCAACAUCAACAAGCCACAAAAGACAGUCGUUCAACGACAAGUAGCUCCCGAAGCCGUGGAAACAUUUGAAGCCACCCCCUACGACGAUGGGCACCCUACUAAAGUUAAGCAACCGCCACAACCUCCCGCAAGGAAGGCGAAGCGAUCUCGAGAAGAAAAAUCGGUCUCAUUGCAAGACUUUAUCAACUUUGAGAAACAACAACACUCGACGAGCGACACGAAACCUAACUCAACUGAAUCCAGAAAAGACAAAAAAGAAAAAGAAACCCAAACGAAAAAGAAGCCAAAAGAUAUUCCAGCAGAAGACAGGCCAACGACCAGUGCCAAGCACACAUUGGCCGAUAUUGUAAAAGAACAAAAACAGCCCAAGGAGCCCAAACCGACGAAAGGUAAGGUAAGUGAAGGGCCUCAACCAGCCUCAGAGCAGCCUAAACCAACUCAGCCAGAGCAGGAUAAACACUCACUGGCUGAAAUUGUCAAAGGAGGUGUGAAGAGCUUUGUAGGCCACAUCAUACCUUCCAAGAAAGACAAGAAGGACAAGCAGAAACCAGAAAAUGUGGAGAGCUCACAAAUAGUCACGGAGAUCUCACAGUUGCCUUCCAAAGAUGCAAAUACCAGUUUUAUACAAGCCGAACAACACCCAGUUCCUGCUGCCCGAAAGGAUAAGAACAAGAAGAAGGAGGCAACGAAAGAACCUCCCAAACUUUCAGAGCCCAAAGAGCAGCCUUCUAAGAAAUCCAAAAAGGAAAAGAAGUCCAACGAACAAGGCACCUUCGAUGCACCAUCUGUCUUGGAUAAACCACAAUCCCAAAAACUUGUAACUACCAUUGAAACUCACUUUGAACCUAUUUCCACCGAGGUGACAACCACAGAAAGUGAACCUACGGUUAGCGAAACACUCACCACCCUAGAAUCGGGAGCCAUUAUUACCACCAAAACCAUUACAAAGCACAUUACCAAGAGAAUUGUGAAAAUCAUUGUCGAUGGUAAAGAGCAAAUUGUGGAGGAAGAGGUGGACGAAGAUACCCCACUGGAAAAUGUCUCGGUGGAGAAGAUAAAUGUGCCCGUUAUUGCGGGCGACUACCCAGCGGAUUCGAGCAUUUCCACCACAGUCUUGAAAACAGGUGGUACUGUGACCAAAACUACCAUAACAAAAACUAAGAGGCUCAUCAAGCGCAUAACAGAAACCGGCGAAGAAGUACUCGAAGAAGUCUACGAGGACGAACCUUUGGUGGAUAGAGAAGUGGUUGAAAUUCCCACCACUGAAGAACGUUUUGUUACUAGCACAGAAUCGGAAAAACUAUUUUCGGCUCCACUGCAGCCAUUUGGUGAGAGUGAGCAAGAGAAUGUGAUUUCUGAGCAAAUUACCAAACAUACGAUUGUGGAUGAAUCCGAGAAAGAAACAAAGGGCAAAAAGCCCAAGAAGGGUAAGAAAGAACCUGCAAAAUCAACCACUGAAAUGGUAGAAGUCGAAGAUAUUCCCCACAAGCCGGAAUCCACCACUACCGUUAUCACCACCACCUCGACAACCACUGACAUAGAAACAGCAAUGAAAUCCAAAAAGGAUAAGAAACCAAUAGAAAAAGACCACGAACUUCCUCUACAAUCAACUCCAGAAGUUCAACAGACUCAGACAGUUAUUGAGCAAACUCCAGAAAUUCCAAAUGAUAUUCCACAGGAGAAAAUCAAUCAAGAGAUUGUAACAGAGUUCAUUGAUAUGCCAUCUAACGAAAAGUCUUCCACCCAAGCGGUAACCACAGUCAUUACCUCAACCAGCGAAACUUCCUAUACAAUUCCAUUGCAAGAAACUAUGAGCUCUACUCCAGAAGCACUGACAGAAGAACCUAAGCAACCUAAAGACAAAUCAAAGAAAUCCAAGAAGGACAAGAAACCAAAAGAACCACUUGAACAAAUUGUUCCAGUGGAACAAGUUACGCCUAAAGUCGAUUCUACCUCACCAGUUGAGGAUGAAUCGAAACCUCAGGAAGUGGUUCCAACAACAGCUGAUAAUUUAGUUGUAGAAACCACGAGAACCACAGUUACCACUACCAGCUCAACAAUUGUGGAUGAAACGAUUCAGAAACCUGAGGAUGACAAAGCGAAAACUGCUGAAGAGUCUAAAUCCUGUAAGGAAGUGACUGAGGAGGCUUCUGUAACUAAACCAGUUAAUGAUAUUAUCGUUACCAUCCCUGUUAUUGAAUCUCAGGCAUCUUAUGCAACUCCAUUGCAACCUCUUGAACCAGUGCCAGAUACUCCAGUGCAGGCAGAACAACCUGCCUUUAUGAUUCCUCAAGAUAAACCACUUGAAAAGUCCGUUGAAGAGACUGUAAACAGCCAACAGUUGAUUGCAGAGCCUGUACAAUCUGUAGAACAAAUGGUUGAGCAACCUGAACAAGUGCCUAUGGUUAAAGAUGAAGAACCUCAAAAAUCAACAACAACAACAACAACAACUGUUUCCACUACAGUGAUUACCUACUCAGAUGAAAGCCGUAAUGAUACUCUUUAUACAACUCCCUUAGAGCCCAUGCAAGCUGUUCCCGAAAUGCCACUUGAGAAACAAAUUCCAAGUGAGAAAUUUGUUCCAGAACCAGAAAAAGAAGAACCUAAAGGAGAAAAGGUUGUAGUCAAAAAGGUUAAAUUUGCCGACCUCCCAGAAGAUGAAUGUAAGCAACCUGUUGAUGACAAGCCCAUCAAGGAACUUGUCCCAGAACCAAUUCAGAUUGUCGAAAGAAUUGAAGAGUUCAUUACAAAUCCUAAGGAAGUGACAGAAUCUGUGCAAGUGCCUUUCGAAAAGCAGGAAGAUAAAGAAAAGAGCCCUAUGCAAGAGUUUAUAGAGGCCAACAAUGUGCAAGAAGUAAGCCCGGAGCUUGAAAAGAAGCCUGUUGGCGAAACAAUAGCCUCGACAACCACUACUACAGUUACUGUUGUGGAAGAAGCAGAAAAGCCUAAGAAAUCCAAGAAGGAUAAGAAACCCAAGAAGGAAUCUAAGACUUCUCCAGAAUCAGUUGUUGUGGAGCUAAUCGAUGAACCCACUCCCGAACCUGUUGUUGUUCAACAAACUGUAGUCGACCAUAAACCAGUCAUGGAAUCUGCUACAACUGUAUCCACUACCAUAACGGAAACUUCGUACAUCACUCCCUUGCAACCUUUGGCAGCUGUUCCUGAUACGCCACUUGAGGAAGAUAUUUUGAAACCUCUGCCAGAGACAGAAACUGCAAAACCUGCAGAAAAAGAAGAGCAGAAACCUGUUGAAGAAUUAGUUGAGGUCACAAAAGUUCAGGAAGUUGCUCCAGAGGCUAUUACAGAAACAAUAACCUCGGAAACAACUACUACAGUAACUGUUGUGGAUGAACCAGAAAAGUCCAAGAAAUCUAAAAAGGAAAAGAAACCUAAGAAAGGACCUAAGACUGAUCCGGAACCAGUUGCUGUGGAGCAUAUUAAUGAACCCACUUCCGAACCAGUUAUAGUUCAGGAUACUGUUGUUGACAAUAAACCAGUCAUGGAAUCCGCAACUAUAACCACCACCACCACCACAACAACUGAAACUUCGUAUAGCACUCCCUUGCAACCUUUGGAAAGUGUUCCGGAUACACCAAUUGAAAAAGAAGUUUUGAAAACUCAACCAGAAUCAGAGCCUGAAAAACUUUCAGAAAACGAGGAACCUAAACCGGUUGAAGAGUUUGGGGAGGUUACUAAAGUUCUGAAAGUUCCAGAGCCUGAAAAGGAGGCUGUUACAGAAACAACAUCCACUACCACUGUAACUGUUGUGGAGGAACCAGAAAAGUCAAAGAAAUCCAAAAAGGAUAAGAAGCCCAAGAAAGAACCUAAGACUGAUCCGGAACCAGUGCCUGAACCAACUUCCGAACCAGUUGUUCAGAAAACUGUGGUUGACAACAAACCCGUCAUGGAACCUUCUACAAUCAUAACGGAAACUUCUUAUACCGCUCCUUUGCAACCUUUGGAAGCUGUUCCCGAUACGCCAAUUGAUGAAGAAAUUUUGAAACCUGUUCAAUUAGGUGAACCAGAACCUGAACCAGAAGAACAGACACCAGUUGAAGAGUUUGUUGAGGUCACUAAGGUUCACGAAGUUAUUCCAGAGCCUAUUACGGAAACGACAACUUCCACCACCACUACCAUAACUGUUGUGGAGGAACCAGAAAAGUCAAAGAAAUCCAAAAAGGAUAAGAAACCUAGAAAAGAACCGAAGACUGCUUCGGAACCAGUUCCUGAAGCCACAUCCGAACCAGAUGUUGUUCAGGAAACUGUUGUCCAUAGUAAGCCAAUCACGGAAUCUUCCACAACUAUAAUCACCACAAUGGAAACUUCAUAUUCCACUCACUUACAACCUUUGGAAUCUGUUCCGGAUACACUAAUUGAAGAGGAAAUUUUGAAACCUGUAUCAACAAGUGAAACUGAACCUGAAAAAUCGACAGAAACAGAAGAACAGAAACCUGUUGAAGAGUUUGUUGAGGUCACUAAGGUUCAGGAAGUUAUUCCAGAGACAAUAUCGUCGGAAACUACAACUACAGUUACUGUGGUGGAGGAACCCGAAAAGUCUAAAAAAUCUAAAAAGAAUAAGAAAUCCAAGAAAGAACAUAAGAUUGCUCCAGAACCAGUUUCUGUGAAGCAAACAGAUGAACCCACAUCCGAACCAGUUAUUGAUCAUGAAACUGUGGUUGACAAUAAACCAGUCAUGGAAUCUUCUACAACCAUAACAACCACCACCACCACAACGGAAACAUCGUAUGUCACUCCCUUACAACCUUUGGAAGCUGUUCCUGAUACACAAAUUGAGGAAGAAGUUUUGAAAACUCAACCAGAAACAGAGCCCGAAAAACUUGCAGAAAACCUUAAGGAACCUAAACCUGUUGAAGAGUUUGAGGAGAUUAUUAAAGUUCUGAAAGUUCCAGAGCCUGAAAAGGAGGCUGUUACAGAAACAACAACCACUGCUACAGUAACUGUUGUUGAUGGAUCGGAUCAGUCUAAGAAGUCCAAGAAGGAUAAGAAACCUAAGAAAGAAUCUAAGACUGCUCCAGAAGCAGAAAUAGUUCCUAUUCUCGGACCCACUUCCGAACCUGUUGUUGUUCAGGAAACUGUGGCUGACAGUAAUCCAAACCCAGAAUCUACUACUACUUUAACCACCGUCACUUCUACUACGGAAACUACGUAUAUCACUCCCUUGCAACCUUUGGAAGUUGUUCCCGAUACACCACUUGAGGCUGAAAUUUUGGAACCGGUUCAGUUAGUUGAAACCGAACCUGAAAAACCUGCAGAAAAAGAAGAACAGAAACCUGUUGAAGAGUUGCUUGGUGUAACCAUAGUUCAGAAAGUUAUUCCUGAGCCAGAGCCAACAACCUCCACCACCAGUACAACAACUGUUGUGGAGGAACCAGAAAAGUCUAAAAAAUCCAAAAAGGAUAAGAAACCUAAGAAAGAACCUAAGACUGCUCCGCAACCAGUAACUGAAACCACUUCCGAACCAGUUGUUGUUCAGGAAACUGUUGUCGACAGUAAGCCAAUCACGGAAUCUUCUACAACUAUAGCAACUACCACAACGGAAACUUCCUAUGUCACUCCCUUGCAGCCUUUCGAAACAGUUCUCGAUACACCAAUUGAGGAAGAAAUGUUGAAACCAGUUCAAUUAGCUGAAACCAAACCUGAAAAACCGGAAGAAAAAGAAGAACAAAAACCUCUUGAAGAAUUUGUUGAUGUAACUAAAGUUCAGAAAGUUAUUGCAGAGUCUGAAAAGGAGUCUCUUACCGAAACAACCACUACCACUUCUGCUGUGGGUGAACCUAAAAAGUCCAAGAAAUCUAAAAAAGAUAAAAAACCUAAGGAAGAACCCAAGGCUGUUCCAGAACCUGUUUCUCUGGUAUCGGCGAAGGAACCUGAAUCUGAAUCACUAUUUGAAGAUAAACCAAUCAAACAAUCUUCUACCACAACUGAAACCACAAUUCGGGAAAUUUUGCAUAUUACUCCUCUUCAACCAUUGGAACCUGUUGCAGAUAUCCCACUUGAGGAAGACAUUUUGAAACCACUUGAGCCAACUGAUGUUCAAAUCACUGUGCCCGUAGAGAAACCAGAAGAAAAAGAGAAACCUGUUUCAGCCAUAUCCGAGGUUAGUGAGACUCCAGAAGUUACUCCAGAACCGGAGAAAAAAUCUAUGAAGUCCAAGAAGGACAAGAAACCAAAGGAAGAACCUAAGCCAGAACCUGCUAAGGAACCUGAAUCUGAAACAAGCAUAGAAUCUUCUACAACGGUAACAUCUAUAACUACCUUCGAAACGGAGACACCGUUGCAAACUUUGAAAGCUAUUGCAGGCACAUCAUUUAAGGAAGAAACUGUGGAACCUGUAAAGCCCGUGGAGAAAGAGGUAGAAAUUGUUCCAACAGAACAAAAGCCUGUGGAAGAAAUUGUUGACACUACAACAACCAUCACAACUUCCACAGUUGCGGAAGAACUCAAAAAAACCAAGAAAUCCAAGCAGGAUAAGAAACCUAAGGAUGAACCCAAGGCUGCAGAAGAGCCCAAAACUGUCGAGGAGCCUCAUGAGAAUACUCAAAUUAUUCAUCAGGAACCGGUAUCAGAAACUAUUCCUCAAGAAACCACCACAACUAUUACCACUACAUCAACUACAAUUCAAUCAAGUCAGCAGGAACCUUACACAACUCCUUUGCAACCUUUGGAUUUGAGUCCGGAUACUCCAUUGAAAGAAGUUCUAACUCCCGUGAAGUCUUUCGUAAAAGAAGAGGUAAAGGAACCUAUCAAACCCACCAAAGAAAUACCUGUUACUGAUGAAGUGGAUAAGGCUUCUGUAAAUUCUCUUCCUACUCCGUUGCAAAAUCUUCAACAAGUAGACAAGUUUGACGAGGAACCUCAAUCGAACGUGCCCACCAUUGUUUCGGAAACAGUGAAUGUCACCGAGGAAGAACCCAAUGUUACAUCUACUACUGUGACUCAAGUGGUUCAGGGUGGCACCAUCACCAGAACUUUGACCACCAUUACCAAGCGUAUAGUGAGGAGAAUCACUGAAGAUGGGGAAGAAAUUAUUGAGGAAGUUUCCGAUGAGGAACCACAAGUGGUUCAAGAUGUCACAGAAUUGCCCGUAACCAUGCAGACAUCCAUUUCGCCUGUGCCAUUGGAAAUCCCCAAAGAUCAAGAACUAACUUCGACCACAACCUCACAAAUCAUACGUGGUGGUUCUAUAACACGCACCCACACAACAAUUACCAAACGCAUCAUCACCAGAAUCGACGAAAAUGGCCAGGAAGUUAUCGAGGAAGUUUUCGACGAAGAGCCUGUGGUUACCCAGGAAGUUAGUGAGUUGCCUACACAAACAGAAACGUAUGUGGAGAGCAAAGAGCAUCCUUUGCCUUUGGGCAAUAACAUUAACGAAACCACGGAAGCACCCAAGGGAACGGCCACCACACAAAUUGUUCAAGGUGGCACAGUCACCAGAACGCUGACCACCAUUACCAAACGCAUAGUGAAACGCAUCAAUGAGCAUGGCGUAGAGGUUAUCGAGGAGGUGGACGACGAAGAGCCUGUGGUUACGCAAGAAGUUUCUGAAUUGCCUACAACCAUCAAAACAACGGUGCUUUAUGAAGACGCUCCCCAGGAACCCAGCACCACCUAUGUGAGUGGUGAGCCCUUGGUCACUACCACCUCCCAAGUUAUACAAGGUGGCACUAUAACGCGCACCCUCACAACAAUUUCCAAACGCAUUAUCAAGAGAAUCAAUGAGAAUGGCGAAGAAGUGGUGGAGGAAGUGUUCGAGGAGGAGCCACAGGUUAGCCAAGAAGUAACGGAACUGCCCAUGAAGACUGAAAUUACGGUAGAGUCUUUAGCUCCGCAAGAUACCACCACUCCCAGUGAUGAAACUGUGACCAAAACCACAAAGACCACCACAAAACGCAUCACAAAGCGCAUCAAUGAGGAGAGCGAGAAAUUGUACGAAGCUCCUCUGCAGCCGCUGGCGACCGAUAAGUCCUACGAAGUGUCCGAAGAACUGCCAAAGGUCGUUGUUCAGAAGGUCGCCGAGAUCACCGAACCCCAACAAACUGUGUUGGAAACAACAGAGCCCCUGAUUGAAACAAGUGCAACAACAACAACAACAAAAUUACCUACCUCAACCGAUGAGGAGAUUGGUGGCGUCGGUGGUGUAAUUAAAACCACCACCAUACGAACCACCAAGAAAAUCAAGCGUAUCAAGAACGAAGACAGUCAGGUGACAACAGAGGAAAUAACCAGUGGUUCAACGCCAGAAGAACAUAUUGAGGAAAUAAUUGAGAGUUCACCCGAAGAACCCGAGCCAGUGCCUGAGAGAUUAGAAACUGUGCCUUCGGAGGACUUUGAAGAGCCUGAUAUGAGUGGUGAAGUGAUCAAAAAGACAAUUGUGCGCACCACCAAGAUUGUCAAGAAAAUAACCCAAAAUUCGGAAGCUGAAUCCAUUACGGAGCACGAAAAAGAGCCAGUGGAAGAGUCACCUUCGACCGCUAUCGAAGUGUUCGAGCCUGUGGCACCCACAACACCACAUGACGUUGAGGAAGCUGGUGGUGUGGUCAAGACAACCACAGUUCGUACCACGAAAAUUGUCAAACGCAAAACUCCCGAAACAGAAAGCGCCGAAGAGGUCGUAUCCACCACCUCAUCGGAACCCGAAACAAGUCAUACAAUCAUUGAAGAGCCAAACGAAACGGUGAGCGUAACCACCAAUCAAUUGGACGGUGCCAUUAUAAAGACAACGACCAUUCGCACCAUGCGCAUUAUAAAGAAAAUUUCCCAAGAUGGUCGUGUGGUCAUGGAGGAGAGUGAUGUUCCCGAUGAUAAUGUAGUGGUCACUUCGACCAUAGAAAUGCCCGAAAAGACGGACUUAGACAAUUUGGUAGCUACUAAGCAGCCCCCAAUACCCUCUUCCACCAGCACGACUCCCAGACAUAGAGUACCAAGCCCCAAGCCUGACGAUAUAAGUGUUAGUGUUAGCUUAGAAGAGGAGGAACCCUCGACCACAGGCAUUAAGGUCAUAGGUAUCGAAACAGUAGCCCUGCCAAUGACACCUAAAACACACUCCACCACCACCACUACUACCACUACACAAAACUCACAUGACACCCUUAGCAAAGAUCAAUUCACCACUACGACCACCACCACGACCACCAAAUAUUCCACUCUUACCAUGGCCCAGAGAUGUAGUUUUGAAUCUGACGAUGGUAAGAACGUUGUCUACAUGGGCGAUGGCCUAGUAGAUGACAAAUAUCCACCCGGUAGCGUACAGAAAAUCUCCCUCAUCACACAUGAGGAGAAACACAAGACCCCCAUAGUUAAAAUGCAUUUAGAUUUCCCCGAAGUGAGCCUUCAGGUCACCGAGACAGUAACGGAAAAUCGCCAGGCAGGCGUGAAUGCCAGCGAACACAGCGAAGUAGUGGUAGAGAAAGUUGUAGAGCCCCCACAGCAGAUUUCAGUGCAGGUUCCUUUCGAUAAUAAGGCAUUUAUACAUGAAAUUGACGAUGACGAUGAGGACGGCAACGAAGGUGGGGAUAGCCCCAGCACUCAGUCGAUUGAGGCUGUUGUAGGCAAGCAAGAGUUUGUUGUGCAGGACAUCGAGAAGGUGGUCAGUGAAGAACUCCCCAAAUCCACUUCCCCCAAAGAUCAGAAUAGCAAUGUCCCCGAAUUAGGUGAAAUGACUCCUGAAGAGGAGCAACUAUUCAGGGAAAUCAAAAAGCAGUUAGGUAAGAAAGAAAAGAAACGCCCUGCCUUGCCCGAAGAGUUCAUUAAGGCUGAGGCUCUUCGUGAGCCUUUGCCAUCCCCCACUACCCCCCAAUUGGCAGAACCGCAAACGCACGAGGCCAUCCCAAGUCCCGAGUCUCCUUUGUCUUCCAAACAAGAAGAAGAGCAAAUUACACCUGUUGUUUCUAAUACUAAUCAUAACCAUGUUGUUGUUGUCGAUGUUCCUAAAGCUGAACCAAUUGCUAAAACCGCCACUUCUAGUCUGGUAAGCACCACACUGAAAGCUACCGAGCUUGCAACUAACCUUUCUAGUCUGUCCGUUCCGUCCGUUCUAUGCUGGGAGAUUCCCAAAUACUAUUUGCCACAAAUGCUUUUGGCUGAAGGCAAAUAUCAAACACUCCGAAUUGUGGAAGCAUUAACAGAGAAGCAACCCAUAGCUGAGGAGGAGCAACCCCCCACAACAGAAACAACAACAACAACAACAACAAUAGUUUCAACAGAGGAAGUAAAGGUAAUCGAACAGAAACAAUCCAGUGUCGAGAAGCCAUUCUCGGCACCGUUACAACCAUUCCCGUCCGAGGAAAUCUCCCCAACGCCUGAGUCGAAAGUUGUUGAGCCCGUUGAACCGGCGGCCACAGCAAGCGAAGAAAAUCUACCCAACUUUGAUAUACCCAAGUACCCAGUUUUGGCCUUUACCAAAGCCGAAACCCAGAUGGUUGAGAAUGCCGUAAAAGAAGAAAAAGCUGAGAUCAUAGAAGAAACUAAGAUCUCCCCGGAAGAACCAACUACGACAGAGUCUACAGAAGUUGUUACAACUAUAACGACUACCGAUGAAGAUACUACUGCUACACAGCUGUCCAAGACAAGCACUACAACAACUACAGUCAUAACCACUACAGACACCAUAACAACUACCACUACAACUGAGGAUACCACCGAAGGUUCGCCCAUUGCCAGAAAUGAAUACAACUUCGAAAUUCCCAAAUACAAUAUGGGAAUGCUUAACAAAGCCGAAAUUAACCUGGUGAUGUACGAGUCUACAUCUGAAACUGAAGAGAUCAUGAAGGAAGAGCCUAAGUUUGAGGAACCUAAGGUGCAAGAACCUGAGGUGGAUGAACCUAAGGUGGAAGAACCUAGAGUGGAUGAACCUAAGGUGGAAGAAUCCAAGGUGGAAGAACCUAAGGUGGAAGAAUCCAAGGUGGAAGAAUCUAUGGUGGAAGAACCUAAGAUGGAAGAACCUGAAAUGGAAGAACCUAAAAUGGAAGAGCCUAAGGUGGAAGAACCUAAGGUGGAUGAACCUAAGGUGGAUGAACCUAAGGCGGAAGAACCUAAGAUGGAGGAACCUGAGGUGGAAGAACCAAAGGUAGAAGAACCUAAGGUAGAAGACCCCAAGAAGGAUGCAUCUCAAGUGGCAGAAGUGGAGGAACCUAGGGAAGAAAAGCCAUUGGCAGAGCAGCCUAAAGAAGAUAAACCCAAAGAUGUGGAGCCCGAAUUCGAAAUUGACAUAAGGCCACCCGAACUGGAAAAAUCUCUGCAUAUUGUCUUGGAAAAUAAGAUUAUGGAACCGGCCUUCUACAACUUUGAAAUUCCUAAGCACAAUAUUUUGACUUUGAACAGAGUUGAAAUGAAUCUGGUUAAACUCUUGGAGCCCGAAGUUACAGAAGAGCCGGAGAUCAAGACAAUUGAAGAAAGUGAACCCUUGAGAGAAACCAAGGAAGAGGCUCCCACAAAAGAGACACCUGAAACAACGCUGUCUAAGCCAUUUGAAGCUCCAUUGCAACCGUUUGAGGAAGAAAAAACAGAGGUAAUUUCCACAACAACAACAACUACUACUACAACUACACUGUCAGAAAAGAUUGUAGAAGAAAAUGAAAUCCCAUCUAAAGUUGUGGUUGAAGAAACAGCUAUUCUACAAGAAGAACCUAAGAAACCUGAGGAACCUUCAACCAUUUUGAUUGAAGAAGUUGUUACCACCGAAUUGUCUAAGGAACCUGAACAAAUGCCACCUGUUAUGGUUGAAGAAACUGUUACUCUUGAAGAAGAACCCAAAAAGCCAGAGGAACCAGACCAAACAUCUACAGAAUUGCGCAAGGAACAUGAUGAUCCUAAGAAACCAGAGGCUCCUGAGCAACCAUCAACAGAAUUGGCUAAGGAACCUGUGGUCACUGAAGAGUCCAAGAAGCCUGAAGAACCAACACCUGUUGUGGUUGAACAAACUGUUCCUUUGCAAGAAGAACCCAAGAAAACAGAGGAACCUGAAUUGCCUCAGAAAACUGAACAAGAGGAACCAAAGAAACCAGAGGAACUUGAGCAACCAUUGACAGAAUUGCCUAAGGAAUCUUUGAUUACUGAAGAGCCCAAGGAGCCUGAACAAACAUCCAACAUUGCAGUUGAAGAAGUUAUUGUCAAAGGAGUUCCCGCCCAAGAGGCGCCACAACAACUUCCUCAGCAAGAAGAGCCUAAGAAACCCUUGGAGACUCUUGAUGUCGAAAAGACCGAAACGACAGUAACCUCAGCUACAACAACAAUCACUGAGGUUCUAAAGGUGGACGAAGAACCCAAGAAAACGGUUUAUGCAGGUUUGCCCAUCGAUGAAUCUUCCAACGCCUGGAUGGAUGUCAUGGAUGAACCCAUGGUAUUAUCCGAUGAUGAAGAGGAAACUACCAAGGAACCAACUUUGGUAGUGUCUGAACUGGAAGUACCCAAAGAACCAGAUCAAUCUAAACCAGUUUCUGAAGCAGAAAAGCCAUUCGAUAGUCCUUUGGAACCACUAGACGUCGGAAAGACUGAAACUAUAACCUCGACUACAGUCACAACCAUUACAACAGCCGAGGAGACACAGAAGGUGAUUGAAGAACCUAAAAAGCCGGCCUAUGCUGGUUUGCCCAUCGAUGAGUCUUCCAACACCUGGAUGGAUGUCAUGGAUGAACCCAUGGUAUUAUCCGAUGAUGAAGAGCCUACUACAGUGAUUCCAGAACACAAGGAGCCUUCGGUUACCGAAGAAUCUAAGGAACCCACUACACCAAUUGUCGUACAAGAAGUGCCAAAAGAUGAACCCAAACCAGUAGCAGAAACUGAGAAGCCCUCUGAAACUAUUUUGGAAGCACUUGACAAGGAAAAGACUGUAACCACGGUAACAACAACCAUAACAACCGAAGAGAUUCAAAAGCUUAUUGAGGAACCCAAGAAAACGGCUUAUGCUGGUUUGCCUAUAGAUGAGUCUUCCAACACCUGGAUGGAUGUCAUGGAUGAACCCAUUUUAUUAUCCGAUGAUGAAGAGCCUACUGAAGUUGCUCCCGAGGAAACUAUCAAGGAACAAACUGUAGUUGUAACUGAAGAGGAAGUAAAGAAAGAACCAACUAUGCCAGAAGAUAAAUCUAAACCAGUUUCUGAGCCUGAAAAGCCAUUCGAAAGUUCUUUGGAACCUCUAGAUGUCGAGAAGGCUGAAACAAUUAACUCGACCACAAUCACAGCUAUUACAACAACCGAAGGCACUCAGAAGGUCAUUGAAGAGCCCAAGAAACCUGCUUAUGCUGGUUUGCCCAUCGAUGAAUCAUCCAACACCUGGAUGGAUGUCAUGGAUGAACCUAUGGUGUUCUCAGACGAUGAGGAAGCUAGCCCGGAGAAACCUAGCGAAGAGACUGUAUCCAUAAUUGCAAAGGAAGAGCCAAAGACUCCAAUUGUGCCAACUGAACAAGUAGAAGAGCCCGAAAAACCGCUUGACGUGGAGAAGACUGAAAUCACUUCCACAACAAUCGUUACAACUGAAGAGACCAAAAAGGUGUUUGAAGAACCCAAGAAACCUGCUUAUGCUGGUCUACCCAUUGAUGAGUCCUCUAACACCUGGAUGGAUGUCAUGGAUGAACCCAUGGUAUUCUCCGAUGAUGAGGAACCUACUACUGAGAAACCUAAGGUCCCAACUGAACCUUUUAUGGUGAGUGAACAAGUUCCUAUGGUGCAGGAAGAACCCAAGAAGCCAACUGAUGUAGCAACGGAUGUAACUGAAGACUCCAAACCCGAAGAACCAUUGGGAACACCAUUGCAGCCUUUAGAUACAGAAGAGACCGCAACUGUUUCUACAACAACAGUAACAACCACCACCACCACCACUGAGUUUGAAAAGACUUUGGAAGAACCUAAGAUGCCAACUCCAGUUGUUUCAGAACAGGUAACUGUAUCUCAAGUAGAACCCAAGAAACCUGUAGCCGAAGAACCAUUCGAGGAAUCUAAGAAAGAGCCCAAGAUACAAGCUGUCAAGGAGGAGCCAAAGGAACUUCCACUUACCGAAAACCCUACAAAAGAGGUGUCACAAGUUUCAGAGUCAGAGAAGCCAUUUGAAACUCCCUUGGAACCUCUUGAUGCUGAAAAGACUGAAACGAUUUCCACAACUGUAGUAACCACCACCACUACAACUCAAAUUGAAGACAUUCAAACUGUGGUUGAAGAACCCAAGAAACCAGCCUAUGCUGGUUUGCCCAUUGACGAGUCUUCGAGCACUUGGAUGGAUGUCAUUGAUGAGCCCAUGGUUUUCUCGGACGAUGAGGAACCUGUAGUGGAAGAACCAAAAGAGCAAACGCCUGUAAAGGAAGAACCCAAGCAACCAGCCAAAUUUGAAGAAACCACUCCUGUAAAGGAGGAACUCAAGAAGCCUUUGGAAGAACUUGAAGCACCAGAAGAGGUCAUCCAAGAAGUGUCUGAGCUCAAAAAGCCAUUUGAAACUCCUUUGGAACCACUGGAUAAUGAGCGGAGGGAAAACGUUUUAACCACUACCACUGAGACAACCACCAUAACGAGUACUCAGGUGACAGAAAUGGUUGAAGAACCUAAAGAGCAAAUUGAGGAAACCAAGCAGCCUGUGUUUUCGGUUGUUGAAACUGUUUCUGAAACACCAAUUGAAUUGGUGACAACUACAACAACAACAACCCUUAUUGAUGAGAGCCUUCGACCAGAAGAACCCAAAGAACCCACUCAAAUUGUGGACGUUAAUACUACCACUGAGCUGACAAAGACACAAACUGUUUCCAUGCACGAUACUCUAAGGGAGAUUAAAGAAUUUGUUCCCCGUAAACGUACCGAAGAAAUGCACCCUGUAUUUGCUGAGCUCUCCACAGAUUUGCCGCAACAGCAAUGGACCGAUACUCCCGAUGAGCCAAUAGUCCAACAUGAUGAAAAGGCCAUCAUUGAUACCUGGUCCAGUGUUUUGGAGGACACUACACCAAAUGCUGCCUCUUUGGCCUUGGCAUCCAAGCUAUCGGCUGAUGCUCCCGAAUUCACACCCUCCUAUCUGCGUCACGCCUAUUCCGACCAGACUCACACCUUCUUGGCCAACGAGAAGAUUUACAAUGAAUUCAUACCCAGAAACAAACAACCCUCAACACCACGUAGGCAGCAAGAAAAGGCUCAGCCCUCCGCCAAACCCAAAAAACAACAGAAAUCUCCCAAACGCGGCGAUAAGCUGCCCAAACCAGAGAAGGUAGAAAAGUUCUCAGAUGUUUUCGAAACCGUACAACAACAGCAACAGAAGGCCCCCGAAGACUAUGAACCUUUGGUGGCCACUGAAGAGGUACCCGAGAUAACGAAUGUUUGGCAACAGAAACCCAAUGGCAAAACCUACGCGGACAUUGUGCAAGAAUCGCAGCAUAUCAGCGAAGAGAUUAUGCCAGCACUAACCCAACCUGUGGAACAGGUGGAAGCCAAGCCAAAACCGCAACCAAAGGAGAAACAAGAAAAGCCAAAGAAAGAAAAGGCAAAGAAGGAGAAAAAAGCCAACAAGCCUGAGAAACCUGGUAAGGAAGAAUCCAUUGAAGCUCCAGUUGAAACUCCAGUAGAGCCUGAGACCAAACCAGAGACCAGAGAGGAGCAGGAAGCGGAAGUUGUAGAGUUCCUAACCUCAACCACAACAACCACUAGUUCCACAACAACAAAAUCUGAAUUCUCGUGGGCUUCAUUAGUGCAAAAACCCGGCGAAUGGAUUGAUGACACUUUGACCAAGAAGCAAAAACCUGUGCCCGAACCCAUUGCAGCAGCUAAGAAGCCAGCUGAGCCAUCAAAACCAAAGAAGGAGAAGCCUAAGAAAGACAAAUCCAAGAAAGAGACGAAACGCAAACCUCAAGAUCAAGAAACUCCCACUCAAACCACUUCAGAAGAAGACGAGCUGUUGGAGGCAACCCAACAGCCUCAAGCUCCAGUCCUUGAACAGCCUCUUGCGGAAGAGCCUAGGACCGAAAAUGUGGUGGAACCCCAAACUGAACCGGUGACCGAAGAAAAUACCUCCACAUGGGCAGCUUUGGUGAAACGUCCUGGAGAAUGGAUAGAUUCGAUUGCUUCCAAACCCAAGAAGCCCCAGGAAACCGCUCCAGAACCAGUCAAAGAAGACAAACCCAAAGACAAAAAGUCCAAAACCAAUCGCGAUCAGUCGAAAUCGAAACAGACGGACUCCGAUGACAGCGACAAGGCACCUAAAAAGCGCAAGGAAAAGAAGCCCAAACAAGAUGUUCCCAAGAAUCUGCCAGCUGAGGAGCCUUCCUUGGUGGAGCCUGCAAUUGUAGUAGAAGAAGUUGCACCCACCAUGCCAGAAUCCCAGCCUGAACCUCCUACACAGAGCACUGGCUUCUCUUGGGCUUCUUUGGUUAAGAAACCGGGUGAAUGGAUUGAUGACAUUAGCCAACGCAAAAAGUCACCAGUUCGCCAAGCUGAACCUGCAAAGACUCAGCCCGCCAAAAAGCCAGAGAAACCCCAAAAGGCUAAGCCAGAAGGUAAACGUAAACCAGAGAGGCCAGUACGCUUUAGUGAUGAUGAUUAUGUUGAGGUGCCACAACCACACAUUGAGGCACCUAGACCCCUGGAGACAGAGGAGCUACCACCAGUGGAGCAACCCCAACAGGUCAUAGAGGAAACAAAUACCAUAACAUGGGCUAAGAUUGCAAGUCAAAUCGAUCACAUGGAAGAUGUGCCCAAAUCCAAACCGACUAAGGAGUUGAAGCCUAUCGAAGAACCCAAGGUUUCCAAGAAGUCCAAGAAGGAAGCGCAAAAGAAAGAAGCCAUUGUGGUGCGCACCGAAGAGGUAACAAUCGAAAAGCAAAGACCUCGUGUUGAGGAAACCAUUACUACAGUGGUGACCAGCAAAUCCUCCACAUUGCCCUCAUGGGCUACCGUUGUAAGCGACGAAACCAAGGAAGAUGAACCUAAACCAGACAAGAAAUCUCCAACUGAAAAGAAGAAGAAGAUUGACACUACCUCAUGGACAGCUAUGUUUGAGGAUUCUGAAGAAGAGGAAGUAGUAGUAGAACAACCAAAGGAACCGUUGCAGCAACCUAAGAAGGUUGAAGAACCUCCAUUCACUGCGCCACUUCAACCAUUCCCACAAACCGAAGAAAAGGAAGAAGUCACCACAAUCACAACCGGGCAGGAAGAGCCUUCAGUUGUCACUCAGACCGAAACACUCGAAGAGACACAUCCAGAAAAGACUAUACUUGUGGAGGAGGGAUUCGUAACUGUGAUUGAAGAGCCCAAGAGGCCUGAAGAACCCAACGAAACUACUGUAACUACAACAAUCACCCAAAAGUUGGCAGAAGACACAACUCAGGUAUCUGAAGUGUUAUCCGAAGAAUCAAAGCCAAUUGCCGAGGAGAAGCCUAUCGUCAUGCCAGAAGAACCCCAAAAGCCUGCAUAUGCUGGCUUGCCUGUUGAUGACACCACAAAUGCCUGGAUGGAGGUAUUGGAAGAGCCCAUGGUCUUCUCUGAUGGAGAAACGGAACCCGAAAAGCCUGUGGAAAUCAGUGUUACCAAGACAGUUAUCACUGAAGUCGUACAGACUAGAGAAGAAGAGCCACUGAAACAACCAGAACCAGUGACAGAAGUUUUUGAAGAGUCAAAACCUGUAACAGAUGAUUUGACUAAGGUGGAAGAACCAAAGACCUCAGAUGAGUCUUCCGUAACCACAGUUAAGACUGAAACUGUCGUCACCACAGUGUUAUCCGAGAAGAAGACUAUUGCCAUCCCCGAAGAACCCAAAAAGCCUGCAUAUGCUGGUUUGCCUGUUGAUGAUACCACAAAUGCCUGGAUGGAGGUAUUGGAUGAGCCCAUGAUAUUCUCUGAUGAAGAAACGGAACCCGAAACGCCUUUCACAACCCCAUUGGAGCCUGAAAAACCCACUGUUGGCGAGCCAAUUAUCAAUGAAGUUGUGGAGACGAUAGAAGAAACACCAGUAAAACAAUCAGAGCCAGUGGCAGAAGUUAUUGAAGAGUCCAAACCAGUAGCUGAAGAAUUGACUAAGGUGGAAGAGGAACCAAAGACCUCGGACGAAUCUUCUGUAACGACUGAAACCACAGUCACCAAAGUUAUAGAAAUCCUGGAAGAUCAAACUCCUUUGACUGAAACCAAACCUGGCGAAGAAGUGGAGCCAACCAAGUUGACAGAAGAACCCCUUAAAGAACCAACGAAAUCUGAUGAGUCUACCAUUACGACAACCAUAGUUACCGAAGUCACUCAAACAACUAUAACUGAAGGUGCUAGCAAGGCCGCCAUUGAAGAGCCAAAGAAGCCAGCUUAUGCUGGCUUGCCAGUUGAUGAUUCCACAAAUGCCUGGAUGGAUGUAUUGGAUGAACCCAUGACCUUCUCCGAUGAAGAAACUGAAUCAACGGUUACCCCAAUUGAAACCAAGACUGUCACUGUUACCAAUGAAAAAGAACUCAUUCCAAAGGAGCCUGAGAAGAAACCAUCCGAUGAAGUCAAAUUAGUAGAAGAACACUCACCAAUUGAACACAUCGAGCCUCAGAAUCCCGAGCAGCCAUCCGAGAAGGCGGCCGAAAAGCCUAUGCCGUUGGUUGAAGAACCUAAGAAACCAGCUUAUGCUGGUUUGCCUGUCGAUGAUACGACCAAUGCCUGGAUGGAUGUUUUGGAUGAGCCAAUGGUAUUCUCUGACGAAGAGCCAGAGGAGCCAUUCUCUGUUCCUUUGGAACCACUGAAGACCGUGGAUGUGACCGAGGAGGUAGUUACAGUAGUCUCCGAGGAAUUCAUAAAAGAAACCACACCCAUAACAGAAGCUACUGAAGAUAAGCCAAAAGAAUUUGAGCAGCUAACACACUUUAAGCCUGAAGGUGAAAAGGCCAUUGCCGAAACUACAGAAACGACCCAAAAGGUAUUAGAAGAAACUUCUCAAGAACAGCCUAAGGAGGCAACCGAGGAACCCUUGCCUGUAGUAGAAGAGCAAACUAAGAAGCCGGCGGAGCCCAAGAAGGUCGAUGCCACUCCGCUUGUAGAGAAAACAGAUAAGUCUUCCAUGGUAAUUGAGGAACCAAAGAAACCUGUUUACGCUGGUUUGCCUGUUGACGACACAUCAAACGCCUGGAUGGAUGUCCUGGACGAACCCAUGGUAUUAUCUGACGAUGAGACAGAACCUGAAAAACCAUUCGCCGUUCCUUUGGAACCAAUGCAAUCCACUGUAACGGAAACCGUAACGGUCAUUCAAAAUGUUACCUUUGAUCAACCUGAAGUUGCAAAGGUUGCCGAGGAAGCUAAAAAACCAGUUUAUGCUGGUCUGCCUGUCGAUGAUACGGCAAAUGCCUGGAUGGAGGUUCUAGAUGAGCCAAUGGUAUUGUCCGACGAUGAAACUGAGCCUAAGACCAACGAAACAGUUCAAACUACCAUUGAAACUGUGGUAACUGUAGUCGAGAAGACAUCUCAAGACAUCACAACCGAAAUGCAAGAAUCCACUAGGCCUGUGGAGGAGCGCAAAGAACCUGCCACGAAGCCUGUCGAUGAUGUCAAGCCAGCCACUGAAGAACCCUCCAAGGCACUCCAAGAAACCAUGCCAGAGAUCAAAGAACUUGAGAAGCCUGUUACAGAAGAAGAAUCCUCAACGAUGAUGGAAGAACCUGUCAAGUUAGUCGAAGAGCCUAAAAAACCUGCAUAUGCUGGCUUGCCGAUAGAUGAUUCCACAAAUGCCUGGAUGGAGGUUUUAGAUGAGCCCAUGGUAUUGUCUGAUGAUGAAACUGAGCCUCAGACUACAGUUGAAACUACCGUUGAAACCGUGGUAACUGUAGUCGAGAAGACAACCCAAGGCAUCACGACUUUUGAGGAGCUUAAAGAACCUGCUACGAAGCCAUUCGAUGAUAUCGAGCCACUUACCGAAGAACCCUCCAAGGCUCCUGAAGAAACCAAGCCGGAGAUCAAAGACCUUGACAAGCAUGUCAAUGGAGAACCCUCAAAAUUGGUUGAAGAACCCACAAAGACGACAAUCGAAGAGCCUAAAAAACCUGCAUAUGCUGGCUUGCCGGUAGAUGAUUCCACAAAUGCCUGGAUGGAUGUUUUGGAUGAGCCAAUGAUGUUCUCUGAUGAAGAGACAGAUGCAGAGAAGCCAUUCUCUGCACCUUUGGAGCCCCUUCAAACAAUUCUCACCGAAAAUGUGGUGACGGAAAUUUCUACUGCCAUUGAAGAGGUAUCUACAGUUAUCGAAGAACCUAAAGAGCCUGUCAAGUUAACAGAAGAAUUCAAGAAACCUGUAGAAACCGAGCCAACCAAAGUUGCUGAGGAAGAACCCCAACAACCAUCUUCAGUGUCUGAGGCACCUGUAAGCAAACUCGAAGAGCCUGUCAAGGUACCAGAGGAAUCCAAGAAACUUGUAGAAACCGAGCCCACUAAGGUUGCUGAAGAACCAGAAGUCAAGUUGCCGGCUGAAGAAGAACCUGAGAAGCCUGAAACUGAGAAAGUUGUAGAAAUUGUCUCUGAAUCCAAGGAAAUCACUCAGGACCUUACAAAGACAACAACCACUACAACCAUCUCUAAGUCCACGACUAUCUCUGAAAUUGUGGAAACAACACCCCAGAAAGUGAUCGAAGUAACUGAGAUUACCGAAAAACCAACUGAAGUUGUGAAAACUAUUGAAGCGGUAGAAGAAAUUAAAACUCCAGCCAUUAACACAGCCUUUGAUCUACCUCAACUGGAUGUCUCUUGGAAACAGGAAACUUCCACAGAGCUGGUCGAGCAAGCCGAAGAGGCCACAGAGGAGCCUUCUAUCAAGCCAAGCAAACCUUCGUCUUCUUAUGCCGACAUACUCAAGCAAACUUUGAGCUUCAUUGAUGUGGAGAAAAAUAACACCCAUAAACCAACUACACCCACAGAAGACAAACCUUUGAAGUUGCCACAGACUGAAGAUCUGGUGAAGAAAACUGAAGAUGUGGUCCAGAUAAAGGCAGAGAAACCAAAGAAGGAAAAGAAAGACAAAUCGAAAUCGAAGGCUAAACCAAAGACAGAAGAAGAUCUGCCCGUUGAGCAUAUUCCCACAAGCCAAGACAUUGUGGAACCUCUUAAAGAAACGGUGAAACUUCAGGAGCCUGUUGAGGUGUCCAGUACUGUAGUUGAGACUACCUCUACUACCACCACAACCACAAGUGAAAUGUCUUGGUCAUCUGUAUUACAACAGGCCCAAGAGCCCACUCCAGAAGAGGUGAAGAAGCCCGAAGUUGAAAAGGUUUCUACUAGUAAGCCCGAGACAGAUAAGGUCAAACCGGAGGGUAAGAAGAAGCGUGAAAAGAACAAGAAAUCCACUAAACCAGUUGAAGUAAUCCAAGUAUCUGAAGAACCCAUAUCGGUCCCAUCGGAACCUGUUGUCGAAGCUGUGCUCGAGAAGCCAGCAGAAGAUAAGGAAUUGGUGGAAACGGUUUCGGUUACCACAACUACCACCACCACCACUUUCGAACUGCCAACAUCUCAAACUACUCAAAUGUCUUGGUCUUCUAUAGUGCAACAAGCCCCCGAACCUACAAUCGAAGAAGUGUCCCCAUCGUCUGACAAGCCUUCUUUGGCUCAUCAAACUGAAAUGUUCCUGGAGACAGAAAAAGUAAAGACUGAACCCAAGAAGAAGCGUGAGAAGAAAGAAAAACCAGUGCCACGUGAAAAUAAACUUGAGGAGCCCCAGCAAGUUCCAGAGCUUGUGCAGGAGCCUGAAGUUCCAGUAGUAGAGCAAAUAACAACUGUUUUCACUGAUGAAAUCAAGACUGUGCCUACCACUGAAAUUUUGGAAGAAACUUCCACGGUUAUCACCACAACCGUUGAUAUUCCCACCACACAACCAAUGACCAUGUCAUGGUCCAGCAUACUUCAACAAGCGCCAGAACCACAGCCGGAAGAGGUUAAGAAACCCGAGGUCAGAGAAGAUAAGAAGAAGCCUACGUUGACACAUCAAACCGCCAUGUUCCUGGAAACUGAAAAGGUGCACACCGAGCCGACCAAGAAACGUGAACCCAAAGACAAAAAGCGAGGUGCACGUAGAGCUAGUCCCGAGAAACCCAAAGAAGUGGAUGCUCCUGAAGUUGUCAAGCCUCUCGAAGAAGAACAACUCCUGCCAAAGGACACCGGAGUUUCUACUUCUGUGAUGGAAGUGGUAGAAACACUUCCUACUCAAUCCACUACAAUUUCUUGGUCUUCGGUACUUCAAAAGGCUCCAGAACCCACAGAGGAGAUUCAAAAGGUUGAUGUGAAGCCGGAAACUCCUAAACCUUCCGCACUUCAACCAACCAAGGAUGUUCAUGAAGCUGAAAAGAAGCCCAAGAAGGAAAAGAAGCCUAAGAAACAUGCACGCCAGUCAGUCCACCCAGCUGAAGAACCAUUCGAGGAAACUCCAGUAACAGUUGAAGAAACUAAACUCGUUAUGGAAGAGCCUCAAUCAUUGGAAGAGUUCAAAGAGCCAGAAACCGAAACUGAAUCCUUCAAACCAGUUGAAGGAAUCUCUUGGUCUGCCAUUGUUAGUCAAACAACUGUGCAAACAUUGGAACCGGUGCCAUCUCCUGAGGAUAUUUCAAAACCAAAGGUGACCACCAAACCUCCUUCUUCUGAUGCAAUCGAAACCAAGACAGAGCUCAAACCUGCCAAGAAAGAUAAACCAAAGAAAAAGAAGGAUAAGCAGCCUAAGACUUCACCUCAACAAGAAAUGCUGCCAGCCGAAGAGCCAGUACAAGAGCCGCUUGUACUCGAGGAGCAGCCUUCAGUAGAACCUGUCCAGCCUGAGGAAGUAUCCAAGCCUAGCGGCUUGUCUUGGUCGGAAAUUGUGUGUCAAACAGUAACUACCGAAGUAACCGACCAAAAGAUAACCUCAUCUCCCGAGACUAAGAAGGAAGUUCUGCGCAAAGUACCCUCAAUUCCAUCGGACACAGAAGCCCAAAAGGAUUUGCCCAAGCCUAAGCGACAAAAGCAUAAGAAGCAGCUUGCUGAAAAACUGCCUGAACCAGAAACGAAACCCUUGGACACUUUGCCCAAGGAUGACAAUGAUUCGUGGACCAUUCGUCAAACUAUGGUAACCACUGAAGAAACAACUGUCGGGCACGAUACAGCUGAAGAAAUUCCUCUGGAACCUGAGCCAGCUCAAGAAAGUGACUUCAAUAAGCCAUGGUCCAUACCUGGCAGUGAAGAUGAGUUCGAAACUGUGCCCCAAACAUUGGAAACCACACCUGAAACCGUGGAGUUUAUCGAGCAGCAAAGGCCCCAAGUAAGAGAGGAACCGAAAGAAAUUCCUCAAAGUGUUUAUGGCAAAUCAUGGUCAGAUGUUCUUAAAGAAAAUCUGGACCAACCAUUUGUGGAUACCACCAAGAGAGAUACUUUCGAUGCCAAGAGAAAGACUCAAGAAUUCCUACAUCAAGAGGUGCAACAGCAACCAAAACCAGCAGAAAGGAAGCCUAAGGAGCAUAUAACUCAAAAGGUCGUCCACGAAGAAAUACAACAACCCACACUCACCACCGAAGUGCCCGGCAAAAACCAAAGAGAUAAGAAGUCCAAGAAAUCUAAGCAUGAUACUAAAGUGACUGAAAGGUUGGUUUCCGAAGCACCCGAAACAAAGGUUUCCGAGGAACAGAGUGAAGUGACCACUACAACUACUACUACAACAACUGUCACAAAAGUCACAACUGUAAGUGACUCGGAGAAGGUGCUACCGGAAGCUCUAAACCGUCCUUGGACUCCGGUGGAAGAUUUGGAAGAGCCUUGGGCCAUUAGUCAGGAAACGGUAUCUGUGAGUGAAGAUUUGCCCCAGCAAUUUGACACUUUGAUGGUCACUGACCUCGAUGCUGUUGAGAAUAUUCUCAAACCGUUUGAAGCCACAUUGGCUCCUAUUGAUGAGUUAACACAAACUCCGUCCGACUCGAAGCCAGCUGCAGAAGAGCCUCUUCCAGAGCCAAUGCCAGUUGAAGAGAUAAAUGAACAACCCAAAGAGCCAAAAGAUGAAAAGAAAUCCAAAAAGCAAAAGAAGAAGUCUCCCAAGGAGAAAGAGUUGCCUGAACAAAUUACCGCUCUUAAAGUGUCAGAUGAAGUUAUCACAACCGCAUUCGAAACUAUUACAAUAGAAACUGCUGAGACUAUGGUUGAAACUCCAUCUGUUCAACCAGUUCCCAAGUCUUGGUCGGAUAUGCUUAAGGAAGCAGUUUCAGUACCAGAACCUGAAAAGGCGAUUGAAGUGAUUUCUUACACUAGAGAAGAAUUUAAACCCUCUGCUCCUGAAGAGCCUGCCGCAACUGACACCGAAACUUCUGAGGUAAUUGUCGAAACCAUCCAAACAGUCGAAGAUCCUAAGCCACUGUCAGAAGUCAAAAUUGUUGAAUCGAAACCUCUUCCCGAAGCCAAGGAAGACAAAAAAUCUAAGAAGGAUAAGAAGAAGCCUAAGGACAAAAAGAAGGAGGACGCCAAACCCACUGAUGAGCCUAAACCAUCCAGUGAACGUUUGGAAUCCAAGCCUACCGAGGAAGUUAUAGAAACCCUUGAGAAACCACAGUCUCCAAAGGACUCAAAAAUCAUUGAAACGUCUGAAAUGGUCAUUGAAGUUGUUAAAACUGCCGAGGAACCCAUAACUGAAGAAAUACAGCCUAGUCAAACACCUGCCAAAUCAUGGUCCGAUAUGCUAAAAGAAACUGUUGAGCAUGAAAUUACCCAGGUAGUCACUAAGACUAAGGACAUAAAGAAGACGGUAACCGAUUUUAUCCAGCAGGAAGCGGCACCUCUAACCCAACCAAAGGAAACGAAAAAGUCCAAGAAAGAUAAGAAGAAGGCUACCCAAACUGAAGAACCAAAAUCAAUCGACCCUGAACCACUACUGGUGGAGGAACCCAAACCUUCUUCUGUAGAAUCAACAAUAACUGAAACUUCUGAAACCAUUUUCGAGGUUAUUGAAGAACCCCAGCCCGAAGCGCAACAACCUGCUACAAAAUCUUGGUCGGAUAUGCUCAAAGAAACCGUGGAGCAGACAAUUGUGGAACAAGUUACUGAGACAGAAGAUACAAUGACACAGACCUUCAAGCAAGAACCCUCACCUAUACCUGAACCUAAGGAAGAGAAGAAAUCUAAGAGAGAUAAAAAGAAGAGGGACACCUUGAAGGACGAAUCCACUCCAAUUGUUACAGAAGAACCAGUCGUAAGUGAAACAAUUCCAGUUGAGAACUUAGAGCCUUGGAAAGAAACCUUCACAACAGAAACAUCCGAAACGAUUGUAGAGGUUGUGGAAGAACCCAAACCGCAAGUCCAACAGCCUGCUAUAAAAUCUUGGUCGGAUAUGCUCAAAGAAACCGUUGAGCAGGAAAUUGUUCAAGUAGUCACUGAGACUAGAGAUAUCAAGGAGAUGGUGAGCGAUUUCAUUCAGCAGGAAGCGGCUCCUCUAAUCGAACCUAAGGAAACGAAGAAGUCUAAGAAAGACAAGAAGAAGAAACAUGAAGAACCUAAACCAGUCGUUCCCGAAACAAUUCCGGUAGAGGAACCUAAGCCUUUUGAAGAAACCACCAUUACAGAAACUGUGUAUGAAGAAGCAAAGCCGCAAGACCAACAACCUGCAACGAAAUCUUGGUCGGAUAUGCUCAAAGAAACCGUAGAGCAAACAGUUGUGGAACAAGUUACUGAAACUAAAGAUACAGUGAAACAGUCCAUCCAACAAGAACCCACAUCUCUACCUGAACCUAAGGAAGAGAAGAAAUCAAAGAAAGACAAAAAGAAGAGGGACAUCUUGAAGGAAGAAUCCAAGCCAAUUGCAACAGAAGAAGAAAUUCCAAAACCAGUUGUUACUGAACACACACCUGUUGAGGAACCCAAGCCUUCUGAAGAAAUCCUCAUAACCGAAACUUCUGAGAUUAUUGUCGAUGUUAUUGAAGAACCCAAACCUCAAGACCAACAACCUGCAACAAAAUCUUGGUCGGAUAUGCUCAAAGAAACCGUAGAGCAAACAGUUGUGGAACAAGUUACUGAAACUAAAGAUACAGUGAAACAGUCCAUCCAACAAGAACCCACAUCUCUACCUGAACCUAAGGAAGAGAAAAAAUCAAAGAAAGACAAAAAGAAGAGGGACAUCUUGAAGGAAGAAUCCAAGCCAAUUGCAACAGAAGAAGAAAUUCCAAAACCAGUUGUUACUGAACCCACAUUUGUUGAGGAACGCAAGCCUUCUGAAGAAACCUCCACAACAGAAAGUUCUGAAACCAUUGUCGGGGUUGUGGAAGAACCCAAACUGCAAGACCAACAACCUGCUACAAAAUCUUGGUCGGAAAUGCUCAGAGAAACCGUUGAGCAGGAAAUUGUUCAAGUAGUCACUGAGACUAGGGAUAUCAAGGAGACGGUGAGCGAUUUCAUUCAGCAGGAAGCGGCUCCUCCAACCGAACCUAAGGAACCUAAGAAGUCAAAGAAGGAUAAGAAGAAGAAACAUGAAGAACCUAAACCAGUCGUUCCUGAAACAAUUCCGAUAGAGGAACCCAAUCCUUCUGAAGAAACCACCACAACAGAAAUUUCUGAAUCCAUUGUCAAGGUUGUGGAAGAACCCAAACUGCAAGACCAACAACCUGCUACAAAAUCUUGGUCGGAUAUGCUCAAAGAAACCGUUGAGCAGGAAAUUGUUCAAGUAGUCACUGAGACUAGGGAUAUCAAGGAGACGGUGAGCGAUUUCAUUCAGCAGGAAGAGGCUCCUCUAACCGAACCUAAGGAAACGAAGAAGUCAAAGAAAGAUAAGAAGAAGCAACACGAAGAACCUAAACCAGUCGUUCCUGAAACAAUUCCGAUAGAGGAACUCAAUCCUUCUGAAGAAACCACUACAACAGAAAUUUCUGAAUCCAUUGUCGAGGUUGUGGAAGAACCCAAACUGCAAGACCAACAACCUGUUACAAAAUCUUGGUCGGAUACGCUCAAAGAAACCGUUGAGCAGGAAAUUGUUCAAGUAGUCACUGAGACUAGGGAUAUCAAAGAGAUGGUGAGCGACUUCAUUCAGCAAGAAGCUGCUCCUGUAACCGAACCUAAGGAAAUGAAGAAGUCUAAGAAAGAUAAGAAAAAGAAACAUGAAGAACCUAAACCAGUCGUUCCUGAAACAAUUCCGGUAGAUGAACCCAAGCCUUCUGAAGAAACCAACAUUACAGAAACUGUUAUUGAGGAAUCUAAGCCGCAAGACACACAACCUGCUACGAAAUCUUGGUCGGAUAUGCUCAAAGAAACCGUGGAGCAAACACUUGUGGAACAAGUUACUGAAACUAAAGAUACAGUGAAACAGUCCAUCCAGCAAGAACCCAUACCUCUACCUGAACCUAAGGAAGAGAAGAAAUCCAAGAAAGACAAAAAGAAGAGGGACAUCUUGAAGGAAGAAUCCAAGCCAAUUGUUACAGAAGAAGAAAUUCCAAAACCAGUUGGUACUGAACCCACACCUGUUGAGGAACUCAAGCCUUCUGAAGAAGUCAUCCUAACCGAAACUUCUGAGACCAUUGUUGAGCUUAUUGAAGAACCCAAACCUCAAGACCAACAAACUGCUACGAAAUCUUGGUCGGAUAUGCUCAAAGAAACCGUGGAACAGACAGUUGUGGAACAAGUUACCGAUACUAAGACCAUAAAGGAGACAAUAACCGACUUCAUUCACCAAGAAGCAACACAUCUUACUGAACCGAAACAAGAAAAGAAAUCAAAGAAAGAUAAAAAGAAGCAUACCCAAAAGGAAGAACCUAAACCCUUCGUGGCAGAAGAAACUCCAAAGACUUCUGUGGAAACUUCUGAAACCCAAGUGGAGGUUUGUGAGGUUGUGGAAGAAUCCAAACCUCACGAUCAACAACCGGCUACAAAAUCAUGGUCGGAUAUGUUGAAAGAAACCAUUGCGCCAGUAACAGAAGUUGAAAAGCCCAAUGAAGUUGCAGUGGUCGAUGAUAAACCAGAACAUGUUGAAUCUCAAACUCCUAUUGAACAGCCUGAACCUGUGAUUGAGCCAACCUUCAUAGAAACUUCCGAAAUUACCGUUGUGGUUAUGCAGCCAGAAGAAAAGCCACAUCCUGCUGAUGACCAAGUUCCUUCAAAAUCCUGGUCUGAUAAACUCAAAGAAACUGUUGAACAGAAAAUAGUUGAACUAGUAACUGAAACCAAGGACAUCAAGGAGAAGGUGACCGAGUUUAUUCAAAAAGAAGUGCAACCGCAACCUGAACCUAAAGAAGAGAAAAAAUCUAAGAAGGACAAAAAGAAAAGGGAACCGAAACUAGAGCCUGAAACCAAAACUGAACCAGCACCUACUGAGGUGACAACUAUAACAGAAACUUCUGAAACCAUUGUUGUGGAAAAACCCGCACCUCAAGUAGAGCAAACUGCCACCAAAUCUUGGUCGGAUAUGCUCAAGGAAGCGGUUUCGCAACCAGAGCCUGAGAAACAUGUUGAAGUGGAAACAAAACCAGAACUGGAGCAACCUCAAGAAGUGGCUCCGCUGCCUGAAAAGAAAUCUCAAAAGAAAAAGAAGGACAAGGAUAAUCAUCCUAAGGUCAGCGAAGUAAAUGAUACUCCUGAAACGCCAAAGGCAACAGAAGAAUUUAUUCUAACAGAGACUUCUAAGGUCAUGGUAGAACCUAUACCUACUCCUUCUUCGAAAUCUUGGUCUGAUAUGCUCAAGGAAACUGUGGAACAAACAAUAAUUGAACAAGCCACAGAGCCUACAGAUGUGCGACAAACCGUUACGGAAUUCAUAGAACAGGAAUCCAUGCUAACUCUUCCCAAGGAAGAGAAGAAAUCAAAGAAGGAUAAGAAGAAAAAGGAGACCAAGAAAGAAGAACCCAACCCAGUUGCCAUUGAACCAUCAACUUGGGCAGAAGAAGAGAAGCCUACACCUACUGAGACUGUGGUUGAAGAACCAGAAAUCCCAGAAUUCUCAGUGGAGACUACCACCACCACCGAGACAGUGUCGAUGGAUCUUUCCCGCCCGGAGGAAACUGUGGUAGAAAAGAUAACAGUAUCAAAGACCACCACUACCGACAUUAUUACCGACUUCAUACAAAAUGAAGCUCAGCUAGUGGAACCUAAACCAGCAGAUCGCAAGAAAUCCAAACCUGAAAAGAAGAAGGAAGAUAGAAAACCAUCAACUGAGGUUGCACCUGAACCAAUUAAAGAAGUGGCUGUUGAAGAAACUAAAGAGCCUGUGCAACCAGCUCAAACACCUUGGUCUGAUUUGCUCAAACAAGAUACCACCCAGCAGACGGCAGUGGAAGAAAUCGGCCUAGUGAUGGUUUCCCAAGUUAUUGAGGACCCAAUAGUUCCCCAGCUAGAAAAAUUGGAGAAAGUUGUCACUGAAAUCACAGAAACCACCACCGUCAUUCAAGAAAUACCAGAGAAAGAAGAGCCGCAAGCACCAGUUGAUAAACCGUCCAAGCCUUCCAAGAAAGAGAAAAAAGAGAAGAAACCCAAAGCCAAAAAGGAGGAACCUCUUCCUACUCCUCAGGAGGCUAAACCCGAUAGCCCGUCUGCUGCUAAGAUUCCCGUUGUUGAUAAGGAAGAAACCCAUCACCCACCAAGUCUUCAACGUUCAUGGUCUUCCGUUCUUAAGGAGAAUCUGGCACCUCAACCUCAAGUUGUAAAGCAGGAUAUCAGACAAAUCACCACAGAUUUUAUACAACAAGAAAUGCCACAGCCAGAAACCCAUGAGCGGACUAUCACCGACACGGUCACAACUGUUAUCACCACCAGUGAAGAGCCCAUAACUACUGUGGAGACUAUCACCACAGAGUACUUUGCUGAUCAAGAACCAUCAACUGAAGCCACAACUGUCCAAUACACUCCCCUGGUGGAAGAGGUAGUUGUAACGGCUGUUGAAGAAGACUCCAAGGAUGACACUUGGGUUUAUGUUUCUGACGAGGAAUACAAAUCGUUGCCUUCCUAUGAACCUAAGCUGCCAGUGGCUGUUGAUGAAACUCCAACCGCCUCUGAGGAAACAGGCGAGAGUGUCAUUGUGCCCGAGGAACAGCAAAUCGAGAAGAAGAAGAAGGACAAAAAACCAAAGAGGGAAAAGGAAGAUAGCAAACAACCCAAGACAACAGUUGAAACUGUUAGUCAACCGCAUAUUCAAGUUAGUGAGAUUGUGGUACCCUUGCCAGUUACUACACCCAGCACAGUACCCUCUGUAUGGUCAUUGUCGGAAACUUAUGCUGAAGUUGUCAGAAAAUCUGGCUUAACAGAACCGGGUAAGGUGAGAUAUUCACCACUGCCCUCCAGAAAAGUGGAAGUUGAAAGACAACAUGAAGAGCAAAAGCCAGUGGAAAGAGAUGAGGAAACGCUUUUCUCUGAGCCACCCAUACAACCAGAAUUUGAGUCCACAGAAAUGGUAUCAGCCAUUGAGAGAAUUGUAACUGAACUCGAAGACACUCCCAGUUGGGUAGACGAACCAGCUUCGAUGACCUGGAGGGAAUCUGAUACCGAAGUGCAGCCUGCUGCAGAGCAAGAACCCCAAGCUACUCCAUGGACAACUACAACUACCGUAAUCGAAACUAGUGAACCUAGGGAAACCUCGGAGGUGACAACUACAACCACUAUAACAACCAGAGUUUCUCGCAAGGAACAACGUCCCACCAUUGAAAUCAGUGAAGUUUCAACUGUAGAAGGUGAGGAGAAUCAAACUUCCGAGUGGUUGACGGUAAGAACACCAUCACGUUCCCGAUCUCGCUCAAAUCAGUCACGCAAGUCCAAAAAGAAGUCGAAGAAAACAAAACCACAGCCACAAGAAGAUCUACCAGUUGCAGUGCCAAUGCCAGAUGAGCCUCAGACCGAAGUUGUAGUUCAAGAAAUUUCGGAACCAGAAACUGUGGAAUCAACUGUGACCGUCACCGAGCAAAUCAUUACUGCCGAAGGGCCUAACACACAAGAAGUGUCUAUAAGAGAAACCAUAACUGUAGCUACACCCGCACCUGCACCUGUGUCCAUACCCUUCCAACCUGGUAUGUCAUGGGCCGCUAUUGCAGCACAAAAUGUUCCGCAGCCAGUUCAAAAGAUCCGCGUCAUCACAGAAACAGAGUCGGUUGGCGAGGUACCCUCCGAAAUGGCCCCACAAGUUCCUGAACCAACCAAGACCCUAAUCACUGUCAAGUUGGAAGGUGAGAAAAAGGAAAAGAAACCCAAACAAAAAUCCAAAAAGAAGACUGAGCCCAGAACUGAAUCUCCCGUUCCAUUGGUAAUGGAAAAAGCCUCCAAGCCUCAGGAACAUGAAGAAGUCGAAGAAUUUGUUUCACAAACUUCAUACUGGUCUGCUACCUUGAAACCCGGCAUGGAAGAAGUUGUGCGAGAGGUGCCAGUGGAAUCACCCACGGCAACUCCUAAAUCCUGGGCAGCAGUCAUAAAGACUGAAGAAAAGGUUUUUGAAGAAUCUCAACCAAUCGUUGAGGAAGAGAAGCUAGAGGAUGAACUAGCAAAGGAUACAAAAUCUCAAACCAAGAAGAAAGAAAAAGUCAAGCCAGUAAAAGAGAAACCAAAAGAAAAGAAAAAAGAAAUGCUUCCUGAAGUUGUCAGUCCAGUGGACGAUUGGUCUAAGGAUAUCCCAUCUGACGAUUGGUCUAAGGACAUUCCAACUAAAGAUACCACCACUGAAAAGCCUCUGGAGGAUACUGAUUUUGUUUCACAAACUUCUUAUUGGAAAGCCAACUUGAAACCAGAACACAUAAAGGUGGCCCCUUCACAAGAGGUGGUUGAAGAAAUUCCUGUGCAAUCUCCUACUGAAACGCCAAAAUCUUGGGCUGCUGUUAUCAAAACGGAGGAGUCCGUAUUCAAGGAGGAACACAAGCCCAAAACAGAAGAUGUGACAGCAACAGUGAUUACAGAAACUUCGAGCGUAGUUGUUACAGAGCAAAAAACAGUCUCCGAAGAUGAACCAAAGCCCACCGAAGAUACUGAAAAGCCCAAAGAGGAAGUUAUGGAAGCAACUUCCACCCAGGUUGUUACAGAGACUACAACGACAGAACAAUUCCUGGAGUCCGAAAGGCAACCCGAAGGCUUUAUUACUCAAACUUCUUAUUGGUCGGCAACUUUGAAGCCGGAAAACAUCAUCGUUCCUGAUUCGGCCGAGCAAAUAACAGAAAUACCAGUUCAAUCACCCACAGGAGAACCCAAAUCUUGGGCAGCCAUUGUAAAGACUGAGGAAAAGGUGUUUGAAGCUCCUCUGGCCGAAUUGAAGGAGACUUCAACUGUUGUUGUCGAAACUGUCCUAAAGGAAAUAGAAUCUCAAGUAACGCCCGAGCUAAUGAAGCCUUCGUUAAUAGAAGAUGUUCCUACAACAGUUGAAGAAACCCCAAAGACAGAGGAACAAGCACCAGUGGAGGAGGACUCCACAGCUUCAACUCCCCUAGUCGUCGAUUCCAAUGCUUUUGUUACAGAGACGCAUUAUUGGUCAGCCACUUUGAAACCUGAUGCUAAAUCAAAGAUUCCCGAAAACAUUGCGAUACCAGAUGAGGCAGCCACCAUUCCUGAAGUUGCAGUGCAAUCGCCUACAAAAACUCCCAAGUCUUGGGCAGCUGUUAUUAAGACCGAAGAAAAGGUAUUCACAGAACCUCUUGCUGUUAUAUCUUCAGUAGAAGUUUUAGAUGAGCCCAAUGUGAUGGAAGUGAUAGAGGAAAUAUCGACGGUCUCCUCUGUUGGUGAAGAUAAACCUAUUGAGGUUGAACCUGAACCUAUGCCAGAAGCAUCUUCGAUCUCCCCUACAGAUGCUACAGUCGAACCACAAACCUCUGUCGUAGUUGAAAAGACCACCGCUGAAGUGGAACCGAAAUCGGAAUCCUUAGUGGUAGAAGAGGAAACCACUACAGUCUCCCGUCUUGAUGAAGAUAAGCCCAGCGAACCUAAGCCAGCAGAAUGUUUGAUCUCCCCUACUGAUGCUACAGUCGAACCACAAACUACUGUCGUUGUUGAAGAGACCAGCGUGAUAUCUACUACAGCUGGAUUGGAGCCAAAAUCCAAAUCUUUGGUCGUAGUAGAGGAAACAACCACAAUCACCCCUGUUGGUGAAGAUGAGCCAAGCGAACCUAAGUCAGAAGCUUCAAUCGAACCUCAAACAACUGUGGUAGCUGAAGAACCCCUUGAUAACACAGACAAACUCUUCCAAGUUCCAGCGGAUAAACCUAAAACUACCACUGUAGCAUCAUCUACACAAGAGUUCCUGGAUUCUGAGAGACAGCAACAGCCACAAGAACCGGAAGGUUUUGUAUCGCAAACCUCUUACUGGUCGGCAACCUUGAAGCCAAGCCAAAUCAUUGUUGCCCCCACAGAAGAAUCGACGGAGGAGGUGCCCGUGCAAUCACCUACUGAAACACCCAAAUCAUGGGCUGCCAUUAUACGCACCGAAGAGAGCGUCUUCGGUGAACCAGAACAAAAGGAGCCACAAACCGAAACUCAACCAUCUGAGACUGUAUCAUGGUCUUCGGUAAUUGUGAGUAAAAUCACCGAUUAUCAAGAUCCCAAACCCCAGCCCUCGAAUGAAGUGGAUGACUCGCAAGUCUAUUUGACCACCACUGUUAUUACCCACAAAGAUUUACCGGUGGAAGAACCUAAAGAGGAAUCUGCCUCUUACGUUAGCACCACGGUGACCACUCACACUCCACAUGUGGGAGAGGAUGAGGAAAAAACAGAAGAAGUACCAUCGACUACCACCAGCACAACCACUUAUGUCUCAACAGUGGUUACCAGCCAUACGGAAUCCGAUGUUAUACCCGAAUCAGAGUUGUGCACUGUCGUUGAUGCCCUGGAAAUUCAAAGAAUGCAGGAGGAUGAACUUAAACAUAACCUCUACCGGGAAAUCAACGAAUAUUGGACCAACAAAUAUGAGACAUUUGAAAAUGCUUUCAAAGCAAGGCAAUGCAUCGAGGAAGCUCAUCAAGAACCAAAAGAAUCAGCAACCAUAGAAAGCAGAUCAACAAAGCCUGAGGCAGAUACACCUACACAGCCUAAAGAAUUGCCUGCAGACAUUGCCAUGCAGCCAAAGGAAACAACUGACAUUCCCAUACAACCAGAGGAAGUCAAGGAAGUUUCUACUGUGACAACUAGGCAAGAAAUUCCUGUAGCUGUGAAAGAUGCCUCCAAACCAGCUGAGCUGUUGAAGCACCUGAGCAUGGACCUAACAUUGCCUUCUCUGAAUAUUUAUGAAAGCCAAUGGGUUAGCCAAUGGCAGCAAGAGUCCUUGCCUGAAACUUCAACUAAGACUCAGGAGACCCCCCAACAAAUAACCGAAGCAGAAACAACCAUAGUAACGACAUCAACAACUGUAACUACAACAACCUCAGCAACUGAGCAGGUGGACAUUGUACCACAAUCCCCCUCAACUCAGGUAACGGAAAUAUCCGAAACUAUAACCACAACCAUGGAGGAAAAUCAGCCGCUUGUUAUUGUUUUCCCCAAUGAUACCCCUAAGCCAUCGGCACCUGUCGAUGUAAUGGAACCAUCGGCACCUGUCGAUGUUAUGGAACCAUCGGCUCCUGCCGAUGUUAUUGAACCAUCGGCCCCUGUCGAUGUUGUUGAGCCCUCAAAGUUGUUGGUAAAUCUUCAACAGGAUAAUUUCCCCAAAUUAGUGACUGACCACUACCAAACCCUCAGACAUGAAGGCUCUUUGGUUGAAUUAACUGAAACUCAGGAAUCUACAGAAGAUUCUGUAACACAUAAGACUGAAGAACCCAGCAAGACCGCUUACUUCCCUGACUUGACCGAAAAGACUGAGAGUAAGCCUGAGGGCUUGCCCAUUAGCAUUCCCUCCGAAGAGGCUGUUGAGUCGCCACUUGGAACCAGUGAAAUGAAACCAGUGGAGGCUUUGGCUGAAUCGGAGAGACCCCAACCAGACGAAGAUAAAGCCCAAGACUUGGACAAAAAGACCACAAAGGACCAAGACAAACCUGACAAAGACGAUGACGAUGACGACGAAGACAACGAUGAUGACAAUGAAGAGGGUGGGGAAAAUACUUUUGACAUACCCACAAUACGCAAACCCAAAGAUGAUGAUGAUCAUCAUGGUAGUGGUCCAGGUAGUGAUAGUAGUGGCCCUGCCACCCCCACGCCCGAACAUGAUAAGAACAAGGGCCGUCCUGGGUCUUGUUCCUCACAGUACAUGUCCACAGAUUUGCCCGGUGGUAUAGGUCAUUGGCGGGAUCAAAGUUCUUAUUUAGCCUUAGAGGAGGAGCAAGUUGGCAAAGUGGAAGAGGUAGAACCUUCUAAAAACAUAACUGUAACACAAGAACAACAACUACAACAACCACAUACAAAAGCUAUUGCUAGCGCUGAAACCACUUCUACUACUACUACUACUAACCCAAUUCCCCUCCCUGAAAGUACAACCCUAACCUCUCCCCAGAGUUCCCACACUAGUGAGGGAGCUGAAACCCCUGAACCCAAUGUCAGCCUUGUAAGUAAACUAACCCCCCUAGCUAAGGCUACUACCACCACCAUACUAAAUGCGGCGGCUCAGGCUACAACAAAGGCAGCGCUGCAAACGGCAGCAGCAGCCACAGCAGCAAAGACACUGGUGCCCACCAUGAUGGCAGCAGCACUAGCACCAGCAGUAGUAGGUGCAAUAACAGCAACAACAACAUCAACACCAACAGCAGCAACACCUUCCGAAGCAGACCAUACAACUACAGGGUCUGAGGUAGAAGUCAAGCGCGAAGUACCUUCAGAGGCAGCCCCAAUGACUGUCAGCAGCCAGAGAGAGACUCACGAGUCUCCUGUAACACCAAAGGAGGUUGCUACAACGGUAACCACAACCACAGCAACCGAGGAAGUUAUGUUGGCAACACCAUCCGAGCCCAAACAAGUGGCAUUAACGACACCUACAACAACAGCAACACCCUAUGCCAGCACACAAACCACUACCACCACCACAACAGUCACCGAUGAGGUCUACAAUCCUUUGAUUGUCAGCGAUCCCAGUAAUGUUAUCAGACGCACCACCACCACCACUACCACCACGGUGACAGGCGGCAGCCAGUCCUUCCCACACCAACAACAACAGCAACAGGCGAAGGAUGUUAUUAAUCAAGAAGUUGAUGAAUUACUACAAUCGCUAAGCACGGUCGAAGGCGCCAUAGCAUAUUUGCCACAGCACAGUUUGGAUGGUAUGCUGCAGGGUCUGAAGCUAAUCCAAGAAAAUCUAGAAUACCAGGAACAGGAAGCUCAACGCUUGAAGACAGUCAGCCAGACUUUGCCUACAGAUCCUGCCACAGAACGUCUAUUGAAUGAAAUCACAGAUCGGAUAGAUCUUCUAUUAAGACGAACACAACAAGGCAUAACCAUGAUAGCGAGCGCUGUGCAUGGCCAAAAGAAACGCACCCAGGAAUUGGAGGAAUAUCAGGAACAUUUGAAACGCAUCGAAAUUUGGAUACGUGAAGUUACCCAAGAGCUCAAGGAUCUUGAAUUGACACCAGACAGCCCCACAGAUGAGCCCACAUUGAAAUUGCAUGUGGAACGAAGUCAAAACCUAUUGCGCACCCUGAAGGAAAGACAGCAAUCACUCGAGGAUUUGGUGGAGAAGACCAAACCUUUGCUGGCCCAUGAGGAUGUAGCUCCCAUGGCCAAUUCGCUGAUUGAACAAUUGCAGUAUGUCAUCACCAUUCUGAGGGAACAAAUAAAUGUGGCCACCAAGCGUAUUUACACCAUUGAGACCAGAAUUGUUGAAUUGCGUCGCGCCAAGCAGGAAGAGGAACAUCGUAAGAGAGUUCUCGAGGAUCAAGCUAUACAACCACCCAUCUCCAAAGGUGAUGAAUCUGUGAGAUCCAAUGACAGCACUGUGGGAUCUAGUCCCAUGCCCGAAGAGGAAAUUGUCCCCGCCGUUCAUCAUGUGGAGACUCAAACCUCUGCCAGUUUGGCCAAACCUGUGGAAGUUCCUCCCGUUGAAAGUGCCACUGUUGAGGCCCAAACUAGUUUACCCAUGGAUCUGGCCAAGGAAGUGGAAACUGCCGAAACUGCCAUGCAGACACAAAAGGAACUUAAGCCCACAGAGAAUAUAACCAUCACACAGAUCAAACAGUAUGGCCAUGAGACCAUUAAAAUCGAUACCGUUCCUAAUCCUGAGGUUUCCGAGGUCAAAGAGGAUGUUGAAAUCGAGGCUCGUUAUCACCAGAGACCCCAAGGCGACAUUGAAAGGUCCACCGAAUUGGUGCUUAAGAAUGUGCCCUCUGUAUUCGAGACCACAUUUGUGGAGCCCGAUGAAACCACUACCGAAGUUGUGGUUGGCCCCGAUGGCAAAAAACAUUUUGUCCUCAAGAAGGUCACCCGCAGUCGUCAGGAAAUUGUACAACAGCAGCAGAUCAGCACAAUUGCCACUGUCACCGAUGCCGAUGGCAAUAUACAGGUCAAGUCCACGGACCAAAUUAAUUUGGAGAAUGUGCAGACCAUUGACACCACACCGGAUGAUGAUAGGCACGGCUAUAGCACUGUAGUCACUCAACAAACACGAGGAACUUUGGUGGAUGGCUCCAACCCUGAAGCAGUGAUAGUACGAGAGUUUGAAACCCCUGCUGUUGUGGAGAAAUUUGAAGGCGAUAUCACUACCAUGGUCGAUCCGCAAACAGUUAUCGCACCCGAAGGCGGCAUCAACCAGAGUACCAUUCAUGCUGUAGUCCAGCAGGUCACCCGCAAGAUCAUUCGCAAGACGCGUAAAAUCAUCAAACGCAUUGUGAUCAUAGACGGUGUAGAGCAUGUCACCGAGGAAGUUGUUGAGGAACCCGAAGAGGUUGAGGUUACCGAGGAGGAAAUACCUCCCGAGAUCAAUGUGAACAUUGUGCGCACUGUCAAUGGCAAGGUGGUCACCGAGGAGGAGUUCAAUCGCUUAACCAAAGAGCCUGGUGUGGUUAUAGAGGAGAUCUGCACCGAUAUGCCCGAAGCUGGACCCCAUAGGUCCACUCAACAGGUAUUUGAUAUUGAUUCUUCCAUUAUCACCACAACCAAUUUGACUCCAUCCACCACCACCACAAAACACGACACACAACAACAACAACAACAACCCCAGCCAAUUGCUGAAACUACAACAACAGAAACUCCAGAACGUCCAGUUCAAGCACCCGUAGAAAUUAUUGACUUGCCUGCACAUAGCGUAGAAGUUGAGAAAGUUGUCGACACGGUAGUAGUAAAACAUGAACCGACAGAAGUCGUACCAACCAUCAGUUCCACCGUUUCAGUCCAACUAAGCGAGCAGCCAGAGCCAGAGGCUAAGGAGGAACCCAAGGUGGAGGACCUCCAAGAGAUAUGGCCUGUUAAACACCACCUACAACCCACAGAUAUUGAAUUCUCUCAACACACUGAAUCCCCAGCACAACCAGCCACUGCCGCAGAGUCUGCUCCCGCAUCUCCAGUUUGGCCCUUGAGUGAAGAAACCGGUUAUCCAGUAUCGCUGGAGAACUAUGAGUUCGAUAAAAUCGUUCAACCCGAAGAGCCCACAACCAUUGUGACAACAACUGAGGCGAUUAAAGAAAGCCAUCCUAUAGAGCCCAUAGAAGAAGUUGUUCCUCAAGAGCAGAUAGUUCCCGCAAAGCCCCAGGAUAUCACAACUCAAUUCCUUGAAAGUGAAAGACAUCAAACUGCUGUGGAGCAACCCAAAGAACCUCAAUCUCCUGCCAAGGCAACCAUCACCAUCGUAAAGACCACUGUGGAGACAAAACUACCAGGUGUGGGCCAGCCCAUUGCUGAAGCAGAGGACAUAACCCUUAUGCUGACACAACAAGAAGCUGCCCAACCAGUCUUGCCAGAUUCCGCAAUGUCCCAACCUGAAAGCCUUGAUACCGAAAUUUCCAGCGAGGAUCAAUUCCAAACUCAGGAAGAAAAGCCCAAGUUGGAUAUAAAGUCCACGACUCAAUUGUUCAUUGCCGGUGAGGCCACCGCUUCACCCAUAACCAUGACAGCCCCAUCCAUUGAACGCAAUGGCUCAAGCACCCUGAAAGUGGUCAUGACUGAGACCGAGGAAUCUGGUGAGCCUUCAGCUCAACCUAAGGUAACCAUGACUAUCAUUGAGACUGGCAAUGUUACAGUGGCCCCUGCCGAUGACGACGAUACCAAACGAAGUAAAAAGAAAAAGAAGAAACCGAAACCGGUAGAAGAGCCAAAAGAACCUCAAAAAGAAGAAACAGCUCCGGUGGACGAAAUCGCAGCUGAAGAGCCAGAGCCUGAACCUGAGGUAGUUCCAGAGCCAGAACCCGAACCAGAGCCCUUGCCAGAACCCGAGGAAGCGUCAACAGUUUCGGAAAUCGGUUAUGAGGCUGAGGUGUUGGCAGGCGAAGAAGACAGUGACUCGCAAGACGGCAAAAAGAAGAAGCUCAACAAAAAGAAACAAACUGUCAAGCCCACUUCCGACGAUGAUAGCCAUGUGCCAUUGUCCUCCUUGGAAUACGACGCCAGUCCACGUUCAGAGAGUCUGCCAUCCGAAGGCAAAGUACAUCAAGAAACUGUCCUUGAGCUAAGCCCCGAUAGUGAGGCUUCCAGCAUUUCCGUGGACACUACGGUCAAUGUCAUCGAAGAGGCUGUAAUUUCACCAGAGUCCGAUUCGCCAAGAGAACCCAUCAAGGAAAUUGUCAUGCCCGUAGAUGUGGUGGAACUGACCUAUGUUCAGGAUGAGCAACAACAGACCACACCACGUGAAGAACCCAAGCCGGAAGUGGAGGUUGUCGAGGUGGAGAAGGAUGUAAAAGAAAGUCAAACCUCUCCACGUCCCAAACUGGAAGAAAUUGGACAGCAAACUAGCGUAGAAGAGGCCCCAGAGAAUAAGGAAACGGAAUCGCAAACCAUUACCAUCGAAGUCAGUGAGAUUGAAGUUCAAACCGAUCAGGAGGAGAAACCCCCACAGGAAGAAAAGCCUGAGGAGGAAGCCAAACCCGUCAUCGAAAUGACUUCGGAGGAGAUACAAACUGAAGAUGAGGCCAAACCCGAAACAAGCCAUACCUUUAGCCAGACCGUGGUGAUAACCACCAGCGAGAUAGAAUUGCAAACAACUCCCAAAGAAUCGCCACGCAAGGAACCAGAGAUUUCCACUGCUGACAUUGUCAAUCCUUUGGUAAGAGAACUGAUCGAUGAUUUUGCCAUUGAGUUGCCAGAACCCAAGAUUGAAACGUCGGAUCGGACCACUGUCACUGAAGAAAAGCCCACACACGAGUCUUAUGUGCAGACUUUAACACCCGAACCACAGGAAGUCACUGAAGUCGUUGAGGUGAAGCCUCCCGUAGAACAAAAGGAACAGCAAACCUCUACCUUAGAGUUGAUCCUAACUUCAAACACCGAUUGCCAGACUUCGCCACGUGACGAACCGCAAUCACUGGAAAUACCAGCAUCAGAAGAGGACUCUUCCUUAUCUAUGUCAGAGCCGUAUAAUUUGGAAAUUCAGACCACUGUUACCAUUCCGGCUGACUCGGAUACGUCUGAAGCUCAACCCGUGGUCUACGAACAUACCGAAACAAUUGAAUUGCCCAAGAAAGAAUCGAAGAAAUCCGAUGACAGAACUGUCGAUAUUUCUUCCGAAGAUUUGCCUGAGUACAAUGUGCACGUGGAAAUCGAUGAUGCUCAGGGCAUGGAACCCAAGAUCACUGUUCAACCUGCCGAAAAGAAACCUCAAACAGUGCAACUGCAAAUCACCAAGACCACAGUCAUAGAAGAGUUCCCCGAUUUGCCGGCCCAUGUGAGUGAACAGAACAAAGUCAGCAUUUCGACUCAGCAAACGUCCAAGCCUAGAUCAAGGCCAACCUCAACUGUCACCAUUGAGGAGGUAACUUCCCCCAUGGAAGAAAUAGUAGUGCCCAUCACUCCAGGUCCUGAUAAUGAGGAACCAAUGCGUCAAGAGGAAAGUCUUUGGAUAAAUGCCGCUGCCAACCUGCCUAAGGACCAGGCGCCCAAGGAUGCCUCACAGGCUUUGAUCAUGUCAGAAAGUUUUUUGCAUUACCCUGGUCAACAGACAAUCAUCAUUGAGCGCCAAGACAUCUGGAAAGAGGCCAACAAAAACAUUGGAGGCCGUAUAAAACACCUUAAGGAAGCCGAACCUCAUCCCACACCGCUGAGCAAUGUGCUGCACUUGGCCACCCUCUCUCAACAAAUCAAGGAGGUACCGACCGAGCAACGUGUUCAAGAGGUGCAUGAGAGUCUGGAUCAAUUGGAAAAGGCCCUGGAGACGGGCAAUGAGACUGUUAUACAAACAACCGUUAUAACUGUCAUUGAGAAGAUCUCCACCUGGUUGGAGACCAUCGAGUACCGCGUCUAUCUGAUACGCCAACAAACCAAUGAUGGGCCUUCCGAGGAGAAGUUGAACAACUACAAUGAACUCAAUGAAGAACUGGCCAUCAUUGGCCAAAGUGUCAAUCAAUUAGAGAGCCAACUGGGCAAGUCUGAGAAGUUGCAGCAGCCCGAAGUGCAACAGUGUUUGGACACAUUGAAAAUGCAUGUGAGUGCUGUUGAGGAGAAAACUCAUGACAAUCAAGACCAAGAUGUCAAGGAUCUCGAGAAAUGGAACCACUUUGUUGUACUGGUGCAUCACAUCUCCGGACUGUUGGAAGACUUACAGGAACGCUAUGAUGGCAUUAUUUCCCAAGAUGGGACUUUGAAGAACAAAUUGGGCGCUCUGGAUGAAUUGGAGUCGCAGAAUAACUCCACCUUGGGUCAAAUAUCCCAACUUAUGCAGAAUGCCAGAGCCUUCCAGCGAGACUUCCCCGGCAAGAAGGUGCCACAAGAUAUUUACAAUGCCCACGAAGCUUGUCGCAACAUCAACAACAACAUCAUUGCUGAAAGGGACCGUCUGCUGCAACUGCAGGCCUUAGCCGAUGAGUAUGAGCAGACCUUGAAGGAGUUCACCAACAUCACAGUGCUGGCCGACAAACUGGUCGAAGGGCCAAUUGUGUCCAACAGCUUGGAGCAGUUGAACAAUGAGGUACAAAAGCAUCGCAAAUUCUUUGUCAAUCUUAGCCAUUGCCGUGCCAUGCUAGAAUCCCUAGAGGAGAAUAUUGACAGCGAGACCAGAGAAAAGCAUUCGGAAUUGCACAAAGAGCUGUACAAUAGAGCCACCGUUCUAUUGGAAAAGGCUUCGGAGCGAUCAUCGAAAUUGGUUCAAGCUGCCUCCAAAUGGACCGUCCUGGAGAAAGGUAUGAAGGAUGAACUGCAGUGGCUGCAAGUGGCCCAGCAAAGAGUUCCAGAUCUAUCAGCCGUCACCUCGGCCGACUAUGACCAAUACACCACCCUGUACCAAUCGUUGAGUCAGGACAUCUCCCACCACUAUGUGAAGAUGACGCACAUUUCCAAUAUAGCCAAUAAGCUGCAGGACUUGGUUCAGGCCCCCAAUCUGGUGGAGGAGACCAAUGAGGCCCUCAUAGUUUUGCUGAAAUUGCGUGAAGAGGUUUCCGUUUAUUUGCAUCGCCUGCUUGUCUUUAAGGACAUCUGGACCCAAUAUGUCAAUCAAACCGACAAGAUGGAAGCCUUUGUCAGGGACAGCGAGAAGGAAUUGAAGAUGAUACAGAUACCCGAAUAUCCUUUGGAGCAACCCAUAGAGCAUAUGCGUCAAUUCUGGGAAAUCAAGGCCCAAUUUGAGAUGCACAACAACAUACGCACCGAGGCUGGCAACAGUUUCGAAAAAUCCCUGCAAGUCAUACCCUUGGCCGAUGAAAUGUUGCAGCGCCAAUUCCAUGCCCAACUAGAGGAUAGAUGUAAUGCAGUUGCCCAAAAUAUCGAACGCAUACAAAACCAAAUUGUGCGCUCCCUGUCCUCUGAGGAUGUGGCUCCCGAAGACAAACUGAAGUUGGUCGAGAGGGAGUUGCAAGAAAUCUAUCUGACCAUGACCAGCAUGAAGGGUGUCAUUAAGAAUGAUGAAGAGCUAAGUUUGUAUAUUGAACGCCUGCAAGUUCUACGUACUCGCGUGGGCUUCAUUGGCAAUGAGUUAGGCCGCGUUGGCCUUCAAGAGCCCGCUAUUGAACCCGAAAAGGUUGGAGAGCUGUUUGCCCUAUCGCACAAAAUUACCACCCAAAUAGCUGAGGAAUUGGAAGGCGCUGCUGUACUCAAGCAACAGCUGCAAGCCAUCCAAGAAGGCACUUCCAAUCUCAGGAAACACCAAGCCAAACUCUCCGUCAUCUUGGACGAGUGUGAAACUGCCGAGAAACUGGGCAAUGAGGCCAUUGAGAAGGCCGUUGUCGACUGCCAGUCGGUGGGUGAAGACCUGAUAGGAGCUUGGCAAGAGAUUAUGCGCAUACGUCAAAUGUUGCACACGCUGCCGAUGCGCUUAAAGAUGUCGGUCUCACCGGUGAAAUUGGAACGCGACAUUUCCCAACUGCAGGACGAUCACGCAUUCCUUGAGAGCAAAUGUACCAAUAUUAUGACAAUAUUGCGUAAUCGCUUAGCUCUGUGGAUGCGUUACGAGCGCCAAUUGGAACUGGUGCACAAUUCAGUGCAAGAAACCGACUUCAUGAUGGAGUUGUUGAAGGUCCACGGACAAGUCGAUUACGAGCGACUACGCAAGGCCACUGAACGUCUAGAGGGACUCGCUGGUGAUUUACAAAAUCGCGAGACUUUGUUAGAUGAUUUACAGACAUCGGCAAAACCUCUAAUCGAAACUUGUGAUGUUCAAAUAGUUGAACAGAUCGAAUCAGCCGUCCAAGAAGCUGUCGUGGCCUGGAAUGAUACAUCCGAUAAUCUACAGAAUUUAUGUACACGCUAUCAACGUGCUGUAGAACUUUGGCACAAAUAUCAUAACGCCUCAGCUCAAGUCAAGGACUAUAUCGAACAACAAAUGGAUACGGUGAAGACCUUCAAACAACCCAUGGAAUCAAUGCAACAUGCCAAGAACUGCCAAGACAAUUUGAACAAUCAGGAUGACAAGCUAUUGGAACUACGCGAAAUGGUAUCGAAAAUUGCCGUUGAUAUUGGCUUGGACUCGUCCAACUUUAUGCAUGGCGAAUUAGAGGAGCUAGGCCAGCGUCUGGAGAAUUGCAAGGAGACCAUUACCACUUUGGCCAAUGUGGCCGAGGCUCAAGAACGUGAACGCAAAGAAAUCGAAAAGAACUGCAGCGAUGCCAAGGAAUACUUCAACAAUGUGCGCCAGGACAUCAGUCAAGAAUCCCGCACCCCCAAGGAGAGUGAAGAGCAAUUGAAUGUCCUGAGAAAUCAUUUGCAAACCUUGGCUCGCACCGAGGAACAGUUGAAGCAGCUGAGAGAACGCGACUCUGUCAGCCCAUUGCCCUUGGAAAAUGGACAGCCGCGUGACGAAACCUCCAUUAUAGAGGUCUUGGAGUUGUGGCAAAAGAUUUUCCAGGACACAUUCCAAGAAUAUCAUCGUCUGUCCACACGUUUGGUGCGCUCUCAGAAUUCAACAGAGGCCUUCCGUUUGUGGCGCCAGUAUUUGCAGCAUGUUCAGUCUUUCCUCUCUUGUGCCAUACCCGAAGAUUAUACUGCCCUUAAGGAGCAGCAGCAUUUGUGCGAAAUCCAUCAAAAUCUUUUGGUCUCGCAACAAAAUGUGCUGGCCUCCCACACUGAGGCAGAACAACAACAGGAACCCGAAGUUAACGAACAGUUCAAGCAGUUGACUAACAUGCACAAUGAAACUCUGUCGCGCAUCAUGCAGCGCAAUGUGGAACUGGAAAGACGCAUGGACCUCUGGAAUGGCUACCGCCAAGACCUGCAAGUAUUACUGGAAUGGCUAAAGGAACGCGAGAAAGAGCGCAGUGCCUUGCAACUCAGAUACAUACACCUGAAGCGCCUGCCUCGUUUGCAACAGCGCAUGGAGGUGCUCAUAAAUCAAAUGCCCGUGGGCGAGGAUCUGUGUGCCAAGCUGAAGAAUGAGCAGCAGGAACUGGUGAAAUUCUGUGAUGAUGCCUUGGCCACAUCGGUGCGCAUGGAGCAGGCUUCUGUGGUGCAGCGCGUGAACAAUCUGAAGGCUGCAUUGGAGACUUGGGCAGGAUUCUUGGCCAAGAUCAGGGAUCUGGAAAAGCAAUAUGAACAAAAGGUGGCCGAUGUGCAAAAUCAACUGGCCACCGCCCAGCAACUGGUAACCAAGACUGAAGCCAACCUGCCCACUAGCCAAGAGGCCAUACAGGAAUGCCUGGGACAAUUGAGAAAUCAAAGGGUUGUCUUGUCCAAACUUCAGCCCUCUUUGGAAGGCCUCAAUGUCUUGCAGGAGGAACUCAAGGAAUGCAUAAGCCCGUAUGACAUGAAGUCCAUAAGACAAUCGAUUUGGAUUCUCUGGCAACAGCAUUCGGACAUUGACUAUGAACUCUCCACCCUGAUCAACACCAUUGAGGAGAGACUCAUGCUGCUGACCAACUUUAAUAGCCGCUAUGAGCGUCUGUCCAAAUGGUUGGAUAAAUUGGAAGAACGCAUGGAGCGUUCCUCGGACAUUUCGGCCAUAGCCAAUCCCGAAGAGUUCGCCAAGCAGCUGGAGAAGCAAAUCAAUGCCGAGUUAACCCUAAGAGAACGAGAUCGCGAAUGGCUUUUAUCUUCGGCCAAGGAAAUUCUAGAUUUGUAUGCCGACAACACAGCUCACGGUGAGGCAGUCAGAACCGACGUUCAAGAGAAAUCCGAUGUGCUGAUCGAUCGCUGGGACCGCAUCAAGUAUUUGUGCAAGCAACGCACCAGCAAAAUCAAUGACCUUAAGAUGACCCUGCAACGCUUGGAGGAACGCAUUGCCCUGCUACGCUCUUGGAUGUUUGAAGUCGAAUCGGAAUUGGGCAAACCCCUCACCUUCGAUUCCUACACUCCUCCAGUGAUUGAGGCCAAGCUGAAGGAGCAUGAGCGAAUUCAACGUUCGGUGGAGCAAAAGAGCAGCAAUGUAGGAGAAGUUCUCAAUCUGGCAGAAAUGCUGUUGAACGAUACCGACACUUGGCGAACCCACAUCAAUACUGCCAACCUUGCCUUGGCCGCCCAAAAUCUUGAGACCCGCUGGAAACAUGUCUGCAGUCAGUCGGCCGAGCGCAAGCAGCGCAUUUUGACCGUCUGGAACAUGUUGCAGCAACUCAUCAAAAUGACCACCGAACACAAGGCCUGGCUUCAAAAUCAAGAGACUGAAAUCACUGCUCUGGAAAGAGACCUCAACAAGCUGGACAAGGAUCAAAUCGAGCAGAGGCAAGAGGCGGUGGAACACAAACUUAAGCAAUUGCAGAGUCAAGAGCCCAAUCUGAAGCACCUGGAACACAUCUAUGCCAAACUUACCUCCAGCUCAGGCGUCGAUCCCGAGAACAUACAAAAGUUGACAAUGCCCACCAAGGUGAUGGUAACCAAGUGGAAGCAAUUGUAUGGCAGAUGUCAUGCCAUCACGGACACCAUCAACAAGGAAUUGGCUUUGUAUCGCGACUUCAAGAAGGCCCAGGACGAGGCGGUACACAGUCUGACCGUACUUCAAAAUGAUUUUGCCAAAUUGGCUGAAAAGCCUCCCAACACAGCGGACGAGGCCAAGACUGCCCUCAGAAGGGUGGACAGCUUCGAGCGUAAAAUGCAAAAGCUUGAGGCUCAGAUUCAAAAUGCCGAGAAAUUGGCAGGAGAAGCCAAGGAUAAAAUGAAGAAACCCGAAAACCUGAGCUCCAUAGUGACACUGCUGAGCCAACUGACCACUAUGUGGCGUGAAGUGCAAACCCGUGUGGUGACGGUGAAAACCGAUUGGCUUGCCAAGGCCGCCGCCUUGGGUGCCACAGCUACCGAAGCAGCCAUAACAGCCACCAAGGUACGCGAGUCCGAUGCAGGUGUACAAGUGGACACAUUGUCCAAACGUAAGCUGCGCAAGGCCCCCAUGGCCAGAGAAACAUCCAUUACUGCCAAGGAUGCCUACAUCAUGGAACUGGAGACAGCCAUCGCCGAAUGCCAAUCGAACCUGGGCGAUCUGCAGAAAACCAUAUGCGAUAGAACCCGCAAACCUGGUCCACAAAAGAUGUCCAAACUCUUGAGCAAUGCCCAGUCGUCCUCCGAACUGGUCAAGCAUUUGAGCCAACUGUUGCUGAGUGAGUGUAAUGCCACCAAAGAGGAAGCCCAACAGGAUACUGUGUCAGAGCUGACGCUGCGUUUCGCAACUUUACAGUCACAAUGGAAGGCGCGUCAGCAAAACGAUCAAAAUUCAAGCAACUUACCAACUGCUUAUAAAUACCAAUGUACACACGAGAUCGGUCGACUCACGUGUCCGCUCUGCACACAACGCAAUUGGCAACAGAUCGACAAUGAUCUCUGGCGUCUCGAACAAUGGCUGCAAUUUGCCGAAGGCACUCAAAAGGCCCAAAACUCUCCACCAUCCAACAUUGAACUACUCGAGGAUGUGGUGCAAGAUCAUCGCGAAUUUCUACUCGACCUGGAGAGUCACAAGUCCAUUGUGAACUCGCUCAAUGUGGUCGGAGAUCACUUGGCCACGCACACCUUGGAUACGGAGAAGGCCCGCCAGUUGAGAGAUCGUCUGCAAGAGGAUAACGAACGUUGGAACAAUGUCUGCAUCAAUGCCACCAAAUGGCAAGGCCAAUUGCAGACAGCCCUCAUGGGCAACAGUGAAUUCCAUGCCAUAAUCGAUGAGCUCUGUGCUUGGCUGCAACAGACCGAGGCCAACAUUAAGGCCUCCGAACCGGUGGACCUGACCGAAGACCGUGCCAUACUGCACUCCAAAUUUGAAAAAUUCAAAGAUCUACGUGGUGAACUGGAACGUUGUGAACCUCGGGUGGUUAGUUUACAAGAUGCUGCCGACCAAUUGCUUAGGACCGUUGAAGGUUCCGACGAAUCAAGUCAUACCUAUGCCAGAACCCUUUCCAGGUUGACAGAUUUGCGUUUGCGCUUGCAAUCCUUGCGCCGUUUGUCUGGCAUUUACAUAGUGAAGCUGGGCGCUGUUUUAGGUGUUGAUGGUGAUAAUCUGGGUGUAUCGCUGCAUAUGCUGUCCGAUGAGCUUUUGGAUCAAUCUGUAACGACAUUACCUUCUUCCUCUUCUAUGCAGGCUGCCGCACCACACACUGAUAAUGCAAACAAUCCCGAUGGCGAUGCUGCCGAUGGAGAUGUCAUAAAUACCACCGUCCUUGCCAGAGGCGCCCGAUUCCUAGGCCGUGUUGCACGUGCUUCGCUGCCCAUACAAGCGCUCAUGUUACUGUUGUUGGGUGUUGCCACCCUUGUGCCCCACGGUGAGGACUACACCUGCAUGUUUACUAAUUCGUUUGCCCGCAGCCUGGAGCCAAUGCUGUCCUAUCCCAAUGGGCCGCCACCAACAUAAGUGGAAACCACCCACCCCCACCCCCUGUCCUCCCGCCCCCUCCCCCCAAACCCCCUUCCUUAAACAUAGAAAUGUAAGAUAAAUCAAGCAAAAUGUUGAACAUUUGAACACAAAACUUUGUAAAAUAUGAACAAAACGGAAAAAUUUGUAAAUAAUUUUUCUAAAGCUGUAAAAAACAAACAAUGAAACUAAAAGUAACUCGGAUGAAAAACCCUUUAUAAAAUAUAGUUAGAUAGUUAUAUGUAUUGUUGAUUAAACAAAAAAAAAAAACAUGAAAAACUUUGUAUGACAGUGUAUUGACAGAAUUCAAUAUUUUGUAAAUUUUUGUAUUUUUACGAGAAAAGAAGAAAAACCAAUUCUCUCAAGAAUCUAAAGAAAAAAAAACAUAGACGAACAAAUUGAUGAAGAAAAAAAAACCUAAAUUAUUGUAAAAAAUAAGAAACAAAAAAUUCUGUACGAAACGCACAUGAAAACGACAAGAAGAAGGAAAAAAACUCCUAAACAAAAAUUUUUGAUAUUUAACGAAUGAAGCAAGCAGACCUGGAAUGUAUAUGCGGUUUUGAAUACUCUCAUCGUGGAACAUUUGGGUAUUCAAAAUGGUGAAUACUUUCCUGGCCUACUCUUCAAAACCCCCAAAACUAUGCCAGCAAUGCAAUGGCCCAGCACUUGAGGAAGCAAACCGUAGUAGUUUAGACACAUCUCUAAGAUCUUUUCAAAAUUCUCUUCAGCCACAUGACCCGUCUUGGCCAUAGCCUCUUGGCAAAAUUCAAUGCCAGACCUUAACAAAUCUCCCAAAAUUAAUGUUCUCAAAGGUCUGGCCAUUUGACUUUGCUAGGUUAUGGCCUAUAACAAUUCCAUGACUAGUUGCUGCUGUCAUAUUAGGAGGGUUAUACACAAUUAAUGAGAGGUCAUAGGACUUAAAUACCAAAUCUCUCCCUGUAUUUUUGAAACUCAAAGGCAUUUCAUUAAUUCCCUGGGCCCUUCUAUAUGCCAGCAGUAAGUGUUUGUAAAUAUUCAUAUUUAUUUUUGUUAAAACAAAAACACCAAAAAACAUUCCCAAAACAUUUUUUUUUUGCUUUUAAAACAAAAAUUCAGUGAUAUUUUUUUGUAAUUAAAAAAAAAACGUUGCUUCCCAAGGCUGUUUGUAUUGUUGGAGAAAAAAAUCAAAAAGAAAAAAAAAAACUAAAACGAAGCAGCAAGUGUCCUAUGCCGGUGCUAAACCAUUUAAAAAAUUAAAAAGAAAACAAAAUAAAAUGUUGUCUAAAACAAACUCGAAAACCUAAAUGUUAUUAAAAAAAAACGUAAAAUGCAAAGAAGACAUAAGGAAACCUUUAAGUAGCCUCUAUGAAAAACAAAGGUUUUUGUAAAAAAUACAACAAUUUAUAACAACUUUCCCUCCACUAUUAUUUUUAAGUUGAAAUCUUAUUUUUUGUUAAUUAUUUCUUUUUUGUUUAAGUUGUUAUUUUAUGCUUUGAGCAUUAAACGAAAACAAAAAUCUUGCUGUAUUUUUUUAAAUUUUUUCAAUUUUCUCUAUUUUAAGUUUUGUGUUGUCUGAAGAUAAUGUCGUUGA